UUUUUUUUUGUAUUAGCAGUACCUACAAUUCUCUGGCCACUUCAUUAGGUACACCUGUUGAACUUCCUUUUCACCGCCAAUCCCGUGGCAGCAACCCAAAGCAUUAAGGUGUGUAGACAUGAACAAGACAAUCUGAAAAGGGGACAUCAGAGAAGUGGUAUGGUUGUUGUUGCCAGUUGCCACACAACUAUCUCUAAAACCCCAACACUAGAAUCUGUGUAAGGACAGGCACAUGCAUGAGGAAUUCAUUUUAUUUUCAUGAUUGCCUCAAUUAAUCCUCAUUAAACAGCAAAUUUGAUUCUAUUGAAAUAUUCUCUCUGCAGGCAGCUGUCUGUGUAAACUAAAAAAAAACCCUUGUAAAUGAAUUUGCAUGAGCGCCACAAGUGAUAUAAAAAAUCCAAGCAAUCGAAAAAAGGUUUUGCUAUAGUUCGUAUUUCAUGUCCGGACUUGCUUGUGGAGUAGCUGCUGAGAUGCGCAAGUUUGCCCCAGGCUUUGUGUGCAAAAUUCAAGCCCGUCAAGCUCCCAUCAGAAGAGUGUUUUUAGCUUUGACAUUUCACUUCAAACGCGUCUAGCUUUCAGCCUCUGUCUACGCAGUGUUUCUACAGGUUUCACCAUGGUUAUUGGCUGUAAAAGCCGUUCAUAAGUAUGCAAAUUCAAGAAAAAAAAAAUAUUAAGAAGAGUGAGAAUUAAAGCAAGAAGAGGUGGUGGUAAUGUUGCUGGCAAAAGGCAAUUUACUGUUUCUCAAGGUGCAGAGCUCUGAAUGUGUCUCUCAGGCUCCCCACGGGUUAUUUGUCUAUUUUCAGAGAACUGUAGGCGGUAAAAAGCACAAAUUCAAGCCAGGACAGGAUGGAGAUGUUCUCUGAAGAAUGUAACAGCUGCAGUCACAGAGAAGGCGAUGCAUGAGGAAAGGAUGAUUAACAGAUGAGUGGUUGUAAGUCGAGGCAUAUAUGGGGAAAUAAAGGAUUACAUAGAAGCAGAUAACAAAUAGCUGUCUAAGUGUUGCCUGGGUAAACGGAUAAUACAACUGCAAGCCUCAGAAAAUAGAUUUUUGUCACCUUGAAACACAAGAUUUUUUUCUAGUUUAGUGCGAGCUUUUGUCCAAACAUGAUGAUGAUUUCAAUGCCAAGUCUCACAGCUCCAUUGUUAACGUUUAUCACCCUCAAAAAGCAAACGCAAGAGAAGCUACAUGAUGGCUGCAAGCUUACAGCUAUCAAACUCCCAUCGAUCAAGUCUGCUGCAAUGUGUCUGUAUGUUUUCGUAAAACUCUGAUCAAUAAUUUGCAGUCUCUUUCCUUUUUUCCUCUCGUCUCCAAGGUGGAAAUGUUUUUUUUUUUCUUUCUCCCUUCAAGUUGAAACAUUCACACACACCAACUCCCACAGGCCUGACUCCCACAGUCAACAGAAGUUUCUUUUUCAAAUAUUUGACGAAAAAACAGGGUGGAUUUUGCAGUUUUUGUCUCUCUUUUUCACGUUCAAGCCGAGACAAGCGGCACCCUAAACAACAGAUACUAACAUUUGAUGUAACAGGAGUUAAGGAGAGAAAAUCAUUGAUCAAAAACAUACAGUAAAUGUUUUGAUGUAAAAACACACAGACUCAGCUGUGCAUUCCUGCGAGGUGAAUUCAUUCCUCGUGCCUCCUGAGGCUAACACGCACUCAUACUCUCUCUCUCUCUCUCUCUCCCUCACUGGUGAGCAUUGUGGCUGUGCCUCAGCCUGCAGUUGAUAAGAUAGGGUUGGGUUGCACAGCUUGCAGGCAGAUACUAUUGUGGCCGUUGACAGGAAACUGAAACAGGGUGGGAUGGUGCUGCUCCAAAUCUACAUGCCUGUUUGUGUGCAUGUGAGUGAGUGAGUGUGUGAGUGAGAGAGAGUGCUGUGUGUCUGAACAUUUGCCCUCUCCCCUUCUGUCAAACACCGGCCAAAUGGUUUCCCCCAAAUUCACCAUAAUGCCUCAAUGAAUGCCUCUACUCACUCGAGGUCUCAGUAGGCUUUUGUGCUCUGUGUGAAUGAGUGUCUUCCUCUAAAAAGGAGGAAAAAAAAAAUAAAAGUAUUAGUGAGAGAGAGGAGCCAUACUGUAGGUCAGUCUGCAUUCUGCCUUUUGGCCACCAGACGGGACAGUGGGGCGACUGUACUCGCUGGCACUAUUGUGUUCAUAUGAAUGAAGGCCCUGUCAGAGACCCACAGACACACUGACCCGGCUCUGUUUUCUAUCCAAGUCAGUGGGAUCAAGUGCGGCGCUGUUGAUUAUUUAUGUAGAAGGCACAUGAGACUUCCAAAAAACUGUUUGAGAUCCUAGGCGGGUGCAUACAUGAAAAUAAAAAACUCCUAACCCUAACCCUAAAAAAAUUCUAACAAAAGGUUUCUCAGCUGUUUUCUAUAGUAUUAGAUGUCCUUAAUAACAUACUAAAAGUUUACCAAAGUUUGACCACUAAAAAGUUGUCAUUUUCAAGAUGGCAAGUGAAUAGGGUAAAAUUUUUACCUACCAGAUAUCACCAUGAAACUUCCCAAGUUUAUAAACUACAUUAAGACAAACAUUUUUUUGUAUUACAAGUUUUGUCAAAUGUUAUGUAUGAAUAUGUAAAUUAGGCAAUAUCUAAUUAAAUAUGCACUAAUUUGCAUACAUUUCCAAAACCAAAAACUGAACAAUAGAUAAAGCCCCACACAGACUUACUCAUUCUUCUCCUCUUCUAUGCUGGGAUGAACAAUAGAGGCCUCUAUUUUUGUUCAGAAAAGUCCAUUUGGAGUCAUUUAGUACAAAAAAAAUUGGAAAAGUGUCAAAAGUUUUAAGGUUUGGGUCAUGGUUAUGGGGUAAGGGUUAGAGUUACGGGGUUAGGUUUAGGAUUAGGGUUAUGGACUUGGGUUUGAAAUCAAUGUCCAGGAUCUUUUUAAGAGGAAGUUUUAGACCAUUUGGAGUCAUUAAUACAAAAAAUGAGGAAAAAUGUAAAAAAAAUUUGAAGUUAGGGUUAGGAUUAAGGGGGUAGGGUUAAAAUUAGGGUUAGGAUUAAGAGGUUAGGGUUAGAAUCACUGUCCAUGACCUUAGUAGGAGCACGUUACAGACCAUUUGGAGUCAAUUGGUACAAAAAAUUUGGAAAAAUGUCAAAAAAAAUUUCAAGUGUUGGGGUUAUGUUUGGGUAUUGAGGUUAGGGUUAGGGUUAGUGCAGUAGUUGGGCAUUUAUGACUGCAGCCUUAGGUCCAAAUCAUAGCUGAAAGUUGCGAUUUAUCUGAAGUUAUGCUCAGUUUGAAACUCCUUCUUUGACUGCUCUGUAAAGUCAGACUAGUCAGCCAAUUCAAGGUUAUACAAGAGAGAAUAAAUAAUAGUCACAAAACGCAAUGUCAGUGCUUUUUGUUAACAGGAUGAUUGGCCAAAUUCUGCCCUGGUUCCCGUUCUGUGAAAAUAAAGUUAUUCUCUCCAAGUAUGUCUGUGAUUAUGCUUCCGCAAUAGGACGGUCUGGACUACAGACUAGAGGGUUUUUAUGUUCGCUUUCAACAACAAAAUUCUCUAAAAACUUGGAGUGCAGAAGUUUUGAUCUAUUCUGUGGUGUUUUCACAAAACAAAAAAUAUGGAGUCAGAGGAUAGUUGUUGGAGGAGCUGAGUUAGCUUAUGUAAGCGAGAGUGCAGCUUGUGGUCUGAUAAACGAUCGCCACAUGAAGGACCGCAAAGAGCCAUAGCAAGUGUUAAUCUAGUUCGUUGCCUUUAUCCCCAUUUCCACACGGACAACAAAAAGGAGAAUGACUGAUCUUUUGGUGUCCGUGUUGCCGUUGCCUGGCAACAGUUUUCCCACUCAGUUACCACUUUAAGGCCAAGCUACCUGUGAACGGCUUCACAACUUCGUGAGGUCCAUUUGAAGGCAGCAUUAGUCAGGUUUGGUGGAUGUGGUAUAAAUCGGAUGUUACAGAUAUAACUGGAUAAGUUUGUGUUCACUUGGAGUAAAUAUUGAUCAGUCUUUUUAAUAGGAGUAGAAAAUGCUUCUUAAAGUAGUCAUCUUAAACUGCAGAUAAUAAACUGUACAUUGAUCAAAAAUGAACCCAACCAUUACGGCAUUUGUAUUAGAAAAGUGUGACCAUGAUGACAAGGCUCACUGAUUCACUAUAUUGUCAUUUUAACCCAAACCACAUUGUCUUCCUUAACUUAACCACAUUGUUUUAAUCUUAAUCAAAGUGUUGUCAUAUCAAAAUACUGAUUUAUUUUUCUACAGUGAUGUCUAAUAGACAGAGAAAUAAUGUCACAAAGCAUUUUUCUAUGUGUCACUCUCACAAGAGGAUGGUCAAACAUCACAUUUUGUACUUUAUAUAUUGAUGACUGUGAGACGAGGUUUCCCUGAUAACCACUACAAUGUCCCGCAGUGACUACAACAAUGUGAAACAUCCGAGUGUUUGACAUACCGAGGGAAAGAUUUGGAAAUCCACCCAGGAUAUAAGGUUGGAUGUUAUUCCAAAUAUCCCACAAAUUUCUUGCAAAACAUCCCGCCACAACUAUGAGGAUACUACAGAAAAAAUAGGCCCCACCUAUAACCCAAUAUUAUUGCACGCCAACCAAAUCACACACUAAGGGAAAUUAGAUAUUUCAUGCGUGUCUGAGUAAAGUUUUUCCACUCUCUUUCUCCUCUCCACAUGAGCAAACCAAAGAAGCAUUAGAUAAUACAAAGCACGAAGAAUUGAAUCCAUUAUAUCUACAUUCCAGGGGCACCAGCAGGUAUAAUGAACCCUGCAGUCGGCUUUACAUGCAGCUUUCUAAUUCAGUUUGGGUGCCACAGUGAAGAGCUCCAUUAGCGUGUGAGGGUCACAGUCAAACAGCUCGUCUGGGAGAGGAGGCUCUCUUCCAAUGUGCCAUCUUUACAGACAGAGAGAUGGAGAGCGAGAGCGAAAGAGAGAGAGAAAGCAGAGGUUAGCAGAGUGUGGAAAGAUGACUCACAGUGUGUAGGUGCAGGAAAAAUAGAUUACUCUGGACCCUCAGGCUUUUUACUUUAUCUUGUAUUGAAAACAGUGUAAGAAAGAUAUAAAAUACAGAUAAAAUAGGCUGUUGCUCCAAGCAAUGUGAUUCUUAUCUAUCUAUCUAUCUAUCUAUCUAUCUAUCUAUCUAUCUAUCUAUCUAUCUAUCUAUCUAUCUAUCUAUCACCUUCAUCACUCCUUUUAUUCUUUCUUUUCUCCCUUCUCAUAUUCCAACCUUACUUCCUCACUUGUUUUUUGACCCUUUCCUCCGUCCUUCCUUCCUCCGUCCUUCCUGUCACUCACUCCUACAGUCUCCACAUUCUUCCUUCCUCACUUCCUCUUCCCUCCUCCUUCCCUUCCCUCCCAAAUACUUCUUACAUUCCCUAUAACUUCACUUCCUUUUUCUUUUCCCAUAUCCUUUCAACCUUCCUUGCUUUUUACCUUCCUUAUAGCCUCCAUCUCUCACUUUAUUCUUAGUUGCUGUCUAUACCUUCCUCAUUUUUUCUAACCUUUCCUCCAUCCCUCUUUCCUCACUUCCUUCAGUCCCUUUCUUUUCCUUUCAUUCCACCAGCCCUUUCCACAUUCCUUUCCUGCCUGUAUUCUUGUGUCCUCCUCUUUUGUCCUUGUUUACCUCAUUUUUUCGUUUUUGCUGUCUUUCCUCCCUCCAUUAUCUUUCCUUCCUUUUUCCAUCCCCUAGUUACUUCCUUCCCUCUGUGUUUACAAAUCAGGUGUCAGCCAGCAGCCUUUAAAUUGUCCCAGGAUGAAGAGCAAGCUUCUGCGUAAAUGAAAUAUGUGUGGUCAUGGUAAUUAUCUGAGCAUCUUGAAAAAUAGUCUGGCUAUGAGAAGUUUGAUUUCAGUCAUACCUAGGUGAUUUUUUGUUGUUGUCUUGUUUUGUAAACGUUCGGACUGAAAGUUCCACAUGGGUGUUAUAAAUUAUGCUAACCUGAGAAUCCACCAUAUCAUACUACAUGAAAGCAUAAAUUUGUGGCUCUUAAAGGGUAAGUCAGCCAUUUUACACCUAAAGAUCCAUGAACUCAUCACAGGAAAUAAUAACCUGUUAAAACAGUCAAAUAAUGAAUCUUGAAAUAUUCCUGUCAUUGUGUACCUUUGUUUUUACUUUAACGCCGCAGUUUUGGCUUUCUGGCGUCAACGAAAAUGACGUCACUGAUUAAGAUGCUUUAUCCCCCCACCCCUUUAAUCUACUUUUAUAAUAGUUUAAACUGGUCAGGUGCCAUUGCAGACGCUUGUGGACUCUUGCUUUUAACAGAUAUGAGCUCAUUCACUUCAUCGAUGAGCUCAUGCUGCGGUCUUCUCCCAAAUUUUUUUAAUCUCCUCAAACCGUUUCUCGCCAUGACUUAAAUUUUUCCCCAAUCACCCUCCCAUUUAGUCACACUGCAGCGAAUGACAAACAUUUAUCAGUGAUGCCAGUAUGCCCAGAUGAUAUCACUGCUUCUAUGGAGGCGAGCCAUCUGAAAUCAUUUACUAUGGAUGUUUGCAGCACCCUGCAGACUUUGAUUAUGUGUCUAUGACUUCAUACCACUGCCUCGGUCUCUGAGUGUCAGUGCAUGCCGCGGGCUACGGGAGAUCACAUUCAGAGAGGGACGGAGAGAAUAUUUCCACCACACUGCUUUCAUAAUGUGUCACAAGUGCUGGGAAGAAUUUACAUGGUGUUGACGGUCAUGCGUCUCCUCCAGCUGUUGUUUGUCGCCAUUUUUUGACACAAGGUUCAAUAUGACAAGACAUGUUUGAACUUCUACAACAUGGAAACAUAAACCCUUACAGAUAUACAAGAGGGGGGAAAAGAUCUUGAAUUGACAGUUAAAGAAAAUCCUACAGGUCUGAGGAUGAAAAACCAGCUCAACAACAGGGACAGGAAUUUAGCCUGAGAGGAAACUCUGUGAACAGAUGAGAGAGAGAAAAAAAAAUGAGAUACUGCCAGAUUUGUCAGCGGCAGACGUGGCAUGUUGGGCAGAACUGUCACUCAGCAGUAUUCUGGGCCGCUCAGGAACGGCGGAUCUACGGCAAGCCGAGGAGGAGUGUGGGAGGGAAGAGUGACAGGAGAGGGAGCGGAGGGAUGUGUUGUGUUUUAUGACUGAGUGACAGGACAGUGAGGUGUGCUAGAUCGCUGUGUAUUUAAGUGAUUUAUAAGGACAGUUGCCGAGCGUGUUGUGCGAGGAUGAUGGUUUCGAGUGGGUGCUGUUGCAGGCAUAAUAAGAACAAGUUUUCACGUUCCUUUGGAGCACACACUCUUCUUCUUCUUGCAGCCAGCAUUUUGUGUAUUCAGAUUGGCCUCAUAGCAUGUGUCCAUUAUUAUCAGCAUCUAUUGACUCACAACCUUGUCACCAAGCAAAAAGGACAGAAAAAAAGGGGAAAAAAGGAUGCUCUGGCCUGGGAGGAAACUAGGCUGGAAGAGGACUGAAAUAGCCUUUGGCGCAGUAUGACUAAGACUUUAAUUGCAGAGGGACAGAGAUGUGGCCCUCCAUUGUGUGUGCGUGUGUGUGUAUACAAUGUGUAGCUGUUUCCUUGUUUAUCUUGAAUACAAAGAUAUUGCUUAUCGUGCAGUUUGGAGAAAAUUAGUUUCAUUUCUGAGUGUUCCCGGAUUUACCUGUCAGCUGGUCAGGAGUGUUUGUGUGUGUGUGUGUGUGUGUGUGUGUGUGUUUGUGUGCUUUGCAUCCAUUUGCACUCUGUGAGAAAAUUAAACAGUGCGUUUUGUAGUUUCUUUUCUCUCAGGGUGAAUUGCUGUCAUCCUCUCCAACCAAACAAACACGCACACUCACACACUUUACAACACACUUCCACUGUUGUAACCUCAGUCUCCUUUCACACUUUCUCUCCUGCAAAUAAACAUUUCCGGAUGUGAUUGAUACCACAGGGGCAUCUCUUCUUCGCCCCUCUUUGCUCUUAAGAUGUGUCCCUUUUAUUUGCUUUGCGUCUACUCCUGCAUGAGGUUUUCUUCCACCAGAUGACUCAAAGUGACGCUCCAGGGCGACUGCAGCAUAUUUUUUUUUAUCGCAGUACUUGUGUGUCUAUGAAGUGACACAGGGAGGUGUGAACUUUGGGACUUGUUUCUUGUCUGUUGCAAACCCCAAAGGUAAGCAGUUAUCUCAAAUUACAACCAAACAUAUUGCUAAUGAAUCUCAGGAUGGCAAAGUGUUUAAACGUUUACUCCAAACACACUCCUAUUUUAGAAAGCAAUGACAGCACUUCUUCUAGUUUGUCUUCACCAGCAGGCAUUUAAGAUCUCCACAGUUUUACUUUUAUUAUCUGAAACUUUAUUUCUUCUAAAGUCAAUUAAAGAUAUCCUUAAAUCCUUACAAGGUGUGUGUGUGUGUUUUAAUGUUCAACAGCUUAACUGGCUAGCAUUACAGAUGUCAGGAAAAAUGAUGCCAUUGUUCUUAUUCAUGUCAUUUUUCAAAUUAAAGCAACUAUAAGGAGUUUUUUUACAUCUAUGAAAUGGACUCAAUUUUACAUUAAUGCUUUUUCAUGACAUCCUAGAGUGAACAUGACCAUCAGUGACAUGAUCGAGGAUUUUUACAGCUUAGAUUUCGAUGCCUGAAAACCAGUGCAAGGGAGUACGGUUUGCCAAGCAACUAAUGAAGUUUCUACAUAAACUAUUCACAUCAAGUGAUACCUUUGACAGCUACAAGUCACCAGGGUGAGAUUUAAUGUCAGAGGACAUCGUCAUUUAGGAUACUGCAUCUACUGUAUCAUUCUUACAAGUAAAUGAUGUCACUUUGUAUAUCGGGCUUUAAUUUAUCAUGUGACAUAUAGUCAAAAGGCCAUUGGAUACAAGUACAGGUAUUUCCCAUGAGACUUUUCUUUGUAACUUUCUUGGAAAGCGCAGCCAAGCCAAGUUGGGGAUUGGUAUAAAAGACAUCCGUCUAAGAUAAAGUAGUUCAGCAACUUGUAAAUAAUGCUGCGUUCCAGUUGUACUCGCAAGUCAGAUCAAGCAAGUUGAUCAUCACCAACCCCGACUUCACAACAACAUCAUAAUCCAAAAUGGCAGCGCAGAGCAUCAACAGUAAAGAGUAACAGCAAAAGCUCUCAUAAUGUAUUAUUUAUUAGCACUAUAUGUUGUACUGCCCAAUGUCAAACUGUGAACUUGGUGCUAUAGUGUUUGUAAGAGUAAAAUACUGUGUUAUGCAUUGUUUACAACUGGUAUAGCUAACAACAACUAACAACAGCUGACAACAGCUAACAACAACUAGCAACUGCUAACAACAGCUGACAACCGCUAACAACAGCUGACAAUUGUAAACAAGAACUAACAACGGCUAACAGUAGGCCUCCAUCUUGAUUUUCCAACUUGUUUACUGGAAUGCCGUCAACUCUGGUGUAACGUCAUUCCAAGCUCCAACAUCUGACUUCCGAGAUAACUGGAUCGCAACAUAAGCACACAUAAAAAAAAUACGAAACCGUAAAACUGAUUCGAUUCCAUCUGUUUUCUGUUAAGAAAAGGUUGUUGAAAAUAACCUCAUAGCCAUAGAGAAACAGGAAAUGUGGGGAACAGGAGGUUCAGGGAGACAUGCAGCAAAGGGCCAUGGCUGGAACCACCAGGACAAGAACUGCAACCUCCAUGGGACACGUACUUAAACUGCUAAUCCAGCCACCAUCCAUGCAACAGUAUCUUACCGCUGAUUAUAGUGGACAUAUUACAUGGGCUUUCUUAAAUGCAUGACCCUGGUGAAUUGCAUCAAAUGCUUUGCCAGCUCUUACACCAGCUUUAACGUUCAUCUCUAGAACUUAGAUUAAAUCACAGAUAUUUGUACUUAAUAUAAAGUCUAGAUGUGAAAACAGCUUGCCACAACUUCAUUCACUGCAGCUAUUUACCCAGAAUACACAAUUGGAUCAUGAGCUGCAGGGAGAGUUUUGCAGAGGAAACACUGCAGAGUCAUCUGUUUAUCGCUUUUUACAUUACACAGAUGAGAAAAUGUUCACUUUGCACUCUUAAAACUUUGAAUCGCACUCUGUUCCUUCAGCACUGGGGAAAAAAAAAACUGCAGUGGAAAGUGAAUAGCACAUCACAAAAUCACCAUUUUUUCCCACAAUCACACACUCAGAUGCAAAUGCUGCCACAUAGUUAUCUGAGGGGAAGUGAUGCUAUCUCCUCUUCCUGUUACAGUUUUAGUUUGUCAGUCCUUCUGGUGUGCGUAUGCAGAGCGUGUGAGUGCUUUUGUGUCUAAAUGAGGAUACUAAAGUGUGACAUUUGGAUGAAAUCCUCUUUAAACAGUGAGAUCUUCCUCUUUGUUAAGGAGAAGAGAACAUUUGGAGAAAUGCAAGGUUAAAUGGAGUUUCUGCCGUCAAAUUGAAAUCAUCUACAUGAUGAAAAGGGGAAAGAUAGUUUGUGUAAAAUGAGUCAGGAGGAAACUGGUACUGGGGAAAGUGGGUCAACACGACUUUCCUGAAAUACGAAAAUAAACAAACUUUAAAUUUAAGUCAAUCUGGGUAUGUUCACAUAAGAUGAAAGUGUGGUUUUAUUGUCUCGUGCUUUUUUUCUGUUGCAUGCUAAUUUGGCACAUUGAAAUUUAGUCUUGGCAACGGCAGUAAAAUGUCGCAGUAGUUGAAAACAAAACUAUCUCCUUUUUAUAACCUUAUACUUGAUUUAAAAAAUAAUUAAACCUCUCUGUUGAUAAGUCAACAGUAGCAUAUACUUUGUCUCAAACCAAAUCAAAAUAUCACCCAAGUGUGAGUUUGAGGUGCAGCUUAUUAGACUGAUGUCAGUAGGCAGCUGUAUCACAAAAGCCUGCAAAGCAUCAUUUAGGAUGUGUAAAUUGUCACACACCAAAUCAAAGGAGCCUGUUUCAAGGUUUGAUAGGUAGCCUUAUGUUUUUAAUUUGUUUCUUUGUUUCCUUUUGUUAAAAUCGUAGAUCUAAAUCUCAAAAUAGUUAUUUGAUUUAUAAGUCAAGACAUUUGUACGAAUUGCCUUUCAAAGUUUAUGUGAACUUGCAAACUCCUCUGACGUGCAAAAUAUUGGAAUUACGAUUGAAAUAGAAUAAACAAAUGAAACACAGCAAUUAAUCAGGAUUCAAAACAGAUUAUUUCACAGCCCUAAGAGUUAUGGCUCAUGUAUUGGAUUUCUUAUAAUCUCUGUUUAUGGAUAGAUCAAGGUUUUAUUUUGCAGUCUUUGUUUGCCCCUGUUCCUUGUGCAUCUAGUUACAGACAUAUUUUAAUUAUCAGAGUUAUUGGAACUUGUAAUCUCCAUAUCAAGUUUCUGUCAACCCCACUGCACUUAAAAUUGCUUCGCCAACAUGUUAAGCUCCACAGCAGCUCCAGGUUGUCAAUCAUUCUGUCAUGAGCAGCUUUCAAAUGCUCGUGUUCGCAUGCUGAUCACAGUGAGUACAGUUCAAUAAAUCAAGAAGCAGCUAAAUAUACAAGUAUGGUGAAGCUGCAGGAGAUCAUUUCUUGCAGGAGGCCUGUUUGAUUAUGUGUGAAUACAGAACUAAGUUAAGGACAUGAAGCUGUGCGAAAUUUAAAGACUCUGCAAUGAUUAUCAUUGGGGAUAAUGAAGCUGUGACUUUAUUCUUUUACAAGAAAGCAUGAAAAACAUGUUUAAGUCUCAGAGUGUUUCACUCUUACUCCUGCCUUCCUACUUGUUCUGCUUUCUCAAUAUGCCCUCUACUGGUCAUCACAGGGAUUUCAAGUAAGAUGUUAACCAUCUACUUAUCUAAUAGGACACAUAUCCCUCCCUUUAAAGAAAAAUAAGACCUUGCAGGAAACUAAAACUCAAGUAAAUUGAUAAGAAACAAUCCUGACUCCUAACUCAAAUUAAAUGUAAUUAAUUUGUAAUCCUGCUUCCUUAUUCCUACCAACAGUGCAUACCUCAAUAUCGCAUAUAAUGACAUCAUCAUCAUCAUCUCGAGGCAAACAGCCAAUGAAGACCCGCGAGGGGCCAGUCAAUCACGGGUCACUGCCGUAACAUCAGCCUGUCAUCAUGAGCCAAAAGGCUCCGUAACCAUGGUGAUUAGCCUGGGUUCAAACGCUUGAAUGUGUGGCAGAUGCCCCCUUGUGUUGGCUCCAUAUGCACCCGUGGUCAUCUUAUAGUGUGUGAGGGUGUAUGCAUGAAGAAGUCCUUUACAUCACCACUCAUACAAUAAAGAGCUGUUGUCCUACUUCUGUGACAUAUGGCUAAUGCAUUCAUAAUGUGAUCCAUGCGUGCUCUUUCUCUCCAGUCUCUGCGUGUACUUCCUGUUUUGGUAUGCACUUUUUUCCCCCCCAUGCCCUUGUAACUCAUAAGCUAUGGUAAUUACAGUCGUUAGCUCUCCUCUGUAUUGUUCUCGGAGAGGAUGGAUGAGGAGUCGUGUGGGUGGCAUUGGAGGGUGAGGGGAGGGAAGGCAAGGACAGACAACCAAACAGCACUGCCGAGUAGGAGAAGUACAAUGGGCCGUGAGUCAGAGGGAAGAAAGAGGAGAGCAAAGAUAGGUAUGCUGAGAAAAGGUCAGCGCUGGGAGGGCUUUUUUUAAAGAUUGAGAACGCUCAGGGAUGUUGCGCUUAUGCUCUCUGUGUUUUCCAGCUUUAAUGUUCAUAUUUGGAUGGGUAAGAGUGAAGCAGGUGACUCAUGAUGCACAGAGGAGAGAGAGAGGAUUGGUAAGUUACUCAACCAAGGCCUGCAUGAAAAUUUAUCAAACAGCUUCUAUUCUGAAACAACCAAAUUUCUAUUUCUAGAAGAAGAGAAAAAAAGAAGCUUGCUUAAGGCUCUGUUUAUCCCUACACCAAAAAACUCUUUGACCUUGCCUGAUUUCCUCCUCUUCACCACAAUCAUCUGGAUGCAGCAUCACUCGACCCCUGCCUUCCUCUCUCUCAAGACUGCACACACUGUUGUUAUCUCCAUUGUCAGAACUGAAUUAUCUGAAUUAUAUGCUACUUCACACGCCCAGCAGCAAAACAGACACCACAGUCAUCCAAGCUAUUCAUCCACACUAUUUUUUUCGUUAUCCUUUCGCUUAUUUCAAACCUCAACGCACUAGCUUGGAUUUUUCUCCCCACACAGUUCUCAUCUCAUCUCAUCUCUGGACCAAGAUCACACUGUCCAGAAGAUGAGCCGACCACUGUCCUGGUUUGAGUUCAUCUAGAGGAUACAGUUGCACACAACGGAGAGCUGGCAUCCACGAAUUGAAUUUACUCUUGAACAAUAACAGGUCCUCCAAUACACAGGCCUCAGUCCCUCCCUGGUGAGUACAUUAGCCUCUGAGCGUUGACCCUGGGCAGCACAGGGUUGUUUUUAAUACCUGUUAAAACAGGGGCAGGAGCUGACUGGAAAUCACUGUUUCAAAUAACCUUCGCACUUAAAGCCCAGUUGAAGAGUGCCCCUGGGGCCUCCUCACACUUACUAAGUGAAAGUACAGCUCUACAAUGUGACAGAAGAUAAAUCUCCAUGGGACAAUAAAGAGAAAAGGAACAAUUCCCCGAUAUGGGAAAAGAACAACAACAAAAAAAUACAGCGAUUCAACCCAAAACUCAAAGAAAGCAUGCUGGCAGGUUGAAUUUUAUAGAAAUGUGCAUGAUAUUAAUCAAAAUACAUCUUGGCACUCUAAUAUGUUGUAUACUAAAUACAAGCAUUAGCACACACUGUCCCUUAAAAAAUUAAAAACACAUAUAAAUACUGUCCACCAGUCAUAACAUUUAGAUUUCUCAAACUAUGAACACUUGAAAAUGGGACUAAACAGCUUAAGAGUUACUGAAAUACACACACAGCAGAGACUUUGUUCCAGAGAGGUCUGACACACUUAAACGCAAACACUCACACCAGCCAUGAACACUUUAGGUUAAAGCCUGCAGGUUAAGCAGCUUACAUACAAAAGAAGGAAGGAUAAAGAGUAAUCCUUGGCACUUCUUAUAACAAGAUCUGUCUUUGCAGUAUAAACAGUACAUUUAGACUAUUCACCAAAAUACAGCACGGAGAACAAACACCUCUGCUUUCUAGUCUGUUUGCAAUGUUCAUGAAGGACAUCAAGCAAUUCAAAUGUAUUCUUGGUAUUCAGGAUGAGCUCAGUGAAUAUAAGUGUUUACACAUAGCUGGAUUGAAUCACUGGAAGGUAAAAUGAGCCCCUCGGUAGAGUGUUAUUUUAUUGCUUUUACUUUAGUCAUACUAAUUUGUAUGGUGAGAGCACCUUUGAAUUUGUCAGAGGGAAGCAAAUAUUCAACUUUUGUCUUUUCAAUCUCAGUCUUUCUCUUCAGAAAUGACAAAAACAGGUUCAUCUGCUCAAACCACUGAGGUUUUAAAAAAGCUCAUCCCUCUGGCAAGUGCUUGCUGUAGCCAAACCUAAAAUAAAAUUCAUUUAUAGAAAUGCGUCAUCACAAUACUCCAUCAAACCACCCGGUUGCUUAAAAUUCUUCUGAGCUAAAUUAUCUUUUUCAUGAACUUAUCUGGGUGGUAAACUCUGGAAAACCACAACCUCCAGUUCCUUACGUUCCUCCUCUUUCUCAUCUCAAUUUUCUCUGGCAAAUACACAGACAAGUAGAACAUGUGUUUAAAUACUAACCCAGAUAAAAUAACUAAGACGCAUGUAAGUAAGCUCUGUUUACCACUGACAUGAGUAAGCUUAAUCUGCUGGGAACAUUAAGCUAUCUUACUAAGGUUUAAGGCAAAUUGGUGUUGAAGAAGGUUGAGACACUAAAACAUUGUGUAGAGCAAUAGAAAUAAUAUGAUAACAAAGAUAUGAGGAUAGAUUGAGAACACAAUUUUGACUCAACACAAGACUCACACUGAAGACGGGUCAAGAAAUAUACAUAACAUAUUAAGAAAAGCUCAGGGGAGGGUUUUAAAUUACAAUAUCUCUACACAGUGGAGUUUUAAGGUUCCUUAACCUAUACAAAGACAUCCCACGAACUUUUAAUUAGACAAACUUUUGAAGAUAGAGGUGCGUAUUUUAGCUUCUAUGUGACUGAACUUUGUUAUUGAGCAGACUUUGAUAAGAAUACCGAGCUAAUUGCUUUGAAAGUCUUUGAUAUAUAAAAAGCAUUACCUUUCUACAAAGCCCACUCUAUAGAUUGUUUUUCUCCCUGCAUUAAUGCUGCACUUGACAAGAUACCAUUGAUUGCCCAUUACGUUUUGAUCCACGUUAUCAUCUGUUUCUUCUUACUGCUGCGUUUUGCAAACCAAUGUGGGAAACAUGGUUUAUUCACCCCCAAAAAAGAGUCAUAGUAAGUUUAGUGGGGAUACUCACUGUUUUGCUCAACAUUAGGGCGGAUGUUGGUGUGCUCUGGAGACUCGUAUUUAGACCUUCCAGUCAGAGGUGAGUGUCUUGCCUGUGUAAGAGGAAGCAUCUAUUUUUUCCCCCCUGCAAAACAUGAGAGAACAUAUAGAUCCUUAAAACAAUACAACAGGAUAGACUACUGGACUUCCUCUAUAUGACAUAAUGUGGAUUGUUACACUACAGGAGUCCCAUGGUGUUUGUAUGAUGGCUACAAUGCUUAAAAUACAUUUCUAUUGAAAAUGGUGAUGAUUAUGCAACUUUUGUGAAUCUCAAUGAUACACUCAGAUGUGAUAAUGUUAACAUUAAACGGCUGAGGAUUUUGUGUAAAACUGUAAUUUGACAUUAGCUAAUGUUCAGAGAAUUGAUAGACAUUUAAAAGUGGCAGGGUGUGUUUAAAAUUGUUUUAAAAUGUGAUAACUGACUCUAUCACGUAUUUUCCUUUGUAUAAUGAUAUUCUGGUUGGUCAAAAUAAAUGAAACAAUCAAAGUAUGCUAUGUCUUGGUCUGUCAUUUCUGAGCAACAACAAGAUAGCAAUAGAAAACAGUGGCUAGUAACCUUUAAAGUGGAAACCUCGUUUACAUUUUGAAAUGGAAAUUAGAAAUUACAUCAAUUUUUCUGAAUUUCACUCCAUUUUUCAAUGAAAGUAGAGCUUUGAAAACAAGACAACAGCGUUUCUCAACGGUCAUAAUCAAAAAGGUGACGGCUAACAAAGAGUAGGCUAACUGUCCAUAACCGUUAAGCUAACACAGACAAAUAAUCGUUUAAAACCGUUACAAAAGUCUACUCGAGCUGUCGUGUGAGUUCAGUUUGAGUCAUAGAAAGAAAGUUUAUUAGAUGGGUGGGUUUAAUGAGGAAAAUGCUUUUGUCACCAUGUGUUUCGCAAUCCUGAAUUUCCAAUGGUGCAGGAAUUAGCCACAUCCACAAGUUGCACAACAACGAUUCUUUAUUGGAGCGGGAAUGAAAACCCAUAAAUCCUUCACUGUUCUCUGUUCACUCAAAAGGACCAUCUGCAAAUGACACCCAAAAAUGUUCACAGGGUGAUUAAAACGGUUACUUACUGUAUGAGAGGAAUUUAGUUCUUAUUAUGGUGAACGGGAAAACAGCUGCCAUUUUGUCCCCGACCUCCCCUGCUAUUUCUUAUUUGGACAUUUUCGGACUCUCGUGAAUUAAUGUGUUAUCUUCCAUUUGAAGGGGUAAAAACUGAUUCAAAAAGAUAGCUUUUGCUUAUCACAUAGUAAAGGGUGUAAUAAUAUCUUCAAGCACAAGAUGGCGCACAAAAACAACAGGUUAAAAUGGCAGUCUCCCCAGCUUGUUGAGUUUGUUUGGCAUGAGGACUUAAAUGACAUAUGUUGUGUGUUUAUAAAUAUAUUUUUGUACUUACUGGGAUCAUUUGUGCUCAGCAGACCUCCAAGGAGACUCAAUGUGGCCUAAAAGUAAUAAAAAAAAAUAAUGUUGCAACUUUUGUAAAAUAAAUAAAUAAAUAAAAUUAGAUCAAACUAAAGCUAGAAAAUAAGGCGUAUCUGUGCUUGAAUAACAAAAGCCUCAGGAGUUUCUACCGAACAAAAUAAGUAGCCCACCUACUACCUGUGUGUGAAACCAGUAAGUGCUCCUCUUUCCCUCUCACCCCAUUGAACGGGAGUUGAGCUCCCCUCCCUCCUCCUCUUCCUCCUCCUGUUCAUAGAAACUCCCCUCCACACUCAGCUGCGUUUCAGACGCGCUCACUCCCGCUUUCCCAGUCGAACCCAGCGACAAGUUUCUCCACGGAUCAAACUUUUGCCUGAACUUUUCUCUGGUUUGGAUACCAUGCUGGACUAAUCCCAUGAGUCGUCUGGAAAAGGCUUGCAGGUACAAUGAGCGCUUUCUACAGGACACCGACUAAUUAGAGGUAAAUUACACCAGGACUCGAAACUUGCGUUAUUUAUUCAACAGCUGAUUCUGAAACCGUGUUUUAUCGAUUUUUGGGGGGGCCUGAUUAAUGUCAGUGUUCGCACAGAUACUCAAACAGAAGCUGAGGCAUUGCAAGUGUUUUAGGAUCAAAACUGCACUUUUGCCAUGGAAAAUUGUUACCCUUAGUGUUUGCUCACACUCUUAAGCUUUGUGCUUGUAAUAAGGGCAUUCACCUCAGUGAGCACAUACAAAAGGUUCAUCAGCUGUCCUCUCUAGCUUGGCAUCUUUUUUUUCCUCAAUCCAACAAGUGUUUCAUAAGUUUAGAUGCUGGUGCUUGCUUUGAGUCCCUGUUAAUGAGUAAACUAUGGGAAUUUGGACACUGCACCAGUCUCUUUGAUACUGAUAAGGAUCCCUCUCUUUUGUUUACUCUCAGAGAUCCUUUUCUUCAGGGCUGCAGUGUUUCCGCUGUGACCUCUGAGUCUGGACUGAAAUUGUGAAGAGGACACAGACACUCAAGGACCAUGGAUUUUGGCAACGAUGUGGAUUUGUCCAAUGAGAACAUUACUCCAUUAUGGAGACGGCGUUCUGACAACUGCAAAACAGCCCAGAUUUCAAGCACGCCCAAACCGAGGCCCCUCAGUUAUCACUCCAACGGGGUAAUGACGACAGACUUCCCAGUUGAGGACGCCAAGCCCUCUUUCACCUUGAGUCAACCUGCUGAGAAACUGGUGGUUGCACCUUCUUAUUGGGGCAAGAACACAGUAGUGCUGAAGCACAUUCUGCACAAACCGACAAAGAAAACACGAGUGGUUCGAAGCAUCAGCAUCGGGCAUUUCUCCAACGGAUUGUUCUCACUAUCCAAAUUUAGGUCGGAUGUUAACAAAUCUGCUUCACUGGACAAUAGAGUGUAUAAUGGAGACUGUGACAAGGGGAAAUCUAGUAAUGGACUGACAGUUUCGCCCGACAAGUGUCCGCAGGAUACGCCGAAAAGCUUAUCCAGUUCAAUCAGUCUCAACCCACAGAGAGACCAGAUAGCAUUUGGAUCUAGUUCACCAGAGGUUCCCGUCAAUGGUUCGUCUCCUGUCCUUGCUCAACGCACUCAGAACAACAAUAACUACAACCACCAAGAACUGUCCUCCCUUUCUUACACAUCAAGCCCCUCUCCUCCUGCCCGGCGUACCCCAACCCCCUCCCACAGCUCCACUUCCAGCAUCCCCUCACUUUCAUCACUCACUUCAUCAGAUCCCCCAACACCACGUUCCCCGUCCCCAGCAGAUCGUGGACAGGCUCUCCACAGACAGUCCCCAUCCACGCCUUCCUCCUCACAGGACACCAGGCAUGCCUCAUCCACUUCUUCCCUCUCCUCCACAUCACCCACUCCUUCGCUGUCCCCGACCCACCCCCCAUCCCCCUCUAUUGUCCUCAGCACCCACAGCCCUGCCGCCUUGAAGAUGGGCACCCAGCAGCUCAUACCCAAGGGUUUGGCAUCUGAUACUCGCCAGAACAAGGCGCCCACCUCUGGAUCGCAAAGCCAAGGUUUGGCAGGGCUGCUGGGGUUGGAUCAGAACAAGCGUGCAGUGAAAGCCCUGAGUAUGGUGGAAUCAGGGAGCUACUUUUCCACAGGAGGGGGUCACGGUGAAGGGACAGAUGGGGAAAAUGAAAGUCCCGGGACUCUGAAAAGAAGCUUGAGGAGUACGUCUUACAGAAGAGCUGUUGUUAGCGGUGUGGACUUGGAGGUUCCAUCAGUGGAUCCAAAGGCUCAUCGAUUGUCUGAGCCUGUUUUUAAAGGGCUUGAUGGGGUUGAUUCACCCUCCCCAGGCAGCCCAGUAAGUCCUGGGACGCCCAAGUCUUCAAGCCCGAGGACACCCAAACUACCCACUCCAGGGACACCAAAAGCUACCAGCCCAAGGAUUUUGAAGCCUGCCAGCCCUGGGAUGGAAACACCCACCAGCACUGGGAAAAACAAGGUAGGUCAAACUUCUAAAAUAAAAAAUUGAGUGUAAAUGUUUGAAAUACCUUAAAACUCUUAUGAGGCGCUUUUGGUUUGUGUGGAUUUUGGUGCCCCCUGUGGACAAAGCAGAAUCUUUGAUAAACAGCCAUUAGAACUGGAUUUGGUGUGUCUCAUAGGCAGCUGAAAUCUUGAAACAAAACUGCUAAAAAGUUUAACAGUUAGAGGUGUGCUCAGACUUUUUCAAACUGGGCAGCUGGUGCACUGACACCGAUGACAGAUGACUGGAUAGCCUAACAUUGAACAAGACUGCAUACUCCUAAACUUUAUUCCAAACUUUGAAACUGAACACAACCGAGUGGUGACAUCCGUGCAUCUGGUUAAGUUACAUCUUUAAACAUAAGAAAAAAAAUGCAUGUCUUAAUCUACAAAUUAAAGGUGCAGUACAUAGAAUUUAGCAGCAUUUAAUACAGACUUGGAUUGAAUUCAAAAUUAUAGUAGUGUAUAAUUACCUCAUAACCUAGUUGGAGUGGCAACCAUACUAAGCAUCAAAUCAAAAAUCAACAACAGUAAUGCUGAAAUAAACUCAACAGAAAUAUCAAAACUGGCAGUUUGAACUUCUGAAAAUCCUUUCUAAUAUACUUGAGAAUACACACUUAAACUGAGCAUAGCUAACUUGCUCUCAAAUACUGACCAGAAUUAUUCUAAUACUAUAAUAGUUUAGAAAAACAAAGCCAAAAGACUGUAAACUGUCUCAGCUGCAAAACAAACUCCACGUCACCUCUCAGUUAUUUUUGAAACUUUAAACCUUUUGUUUUUGCUCGGUCAUGUUGAGAUUAGUUGACUCAGUUAAUCAUAAUCCACCUGCUGUGCUUUUAUUUGAUUGUGCUUUAAGAUUGCCCUGACACGGAUUUCUCAGUAUUGGGGUCGAGCAAAGUCCAAACUCUAAAACUACAACACAAGCUGAUUAUUGUUGAACAAACUUAGCAGCAGCAGCAGCAGCAGCAGCUCCAAUCUCAGACAAGGCCUUACAAGGAAACAAUUAAUGUGGUUGUUGGGAGACAUGACGUAAUGUGACACCAAGCCCUCACUCACACACUUGCAAACAUGGGGGGCUCUGUCAUUAGCUGAGGAGGAGUAAGGAGGUCAUGGACAGGUGAUAGAGGGGCAGAAACAUGGUUUGUUCGUUCAAAGUUUUUUGUGUAGGCCUGUUUGGCUCGAUGUGUUCACUGAAGAUAACAUAUGUUUUGCAUUUUUUCUUCCAGGGUCUAGAUAAGAAGAAAGUUUUGACAUCUCAGCGGACGUUUGACAGCGAGGGUGAGAAAUACCUUUAACCUGUUUCCUAUUUUUCUGUCUCUUUCAAUAAUUUCCCGUUUUUAAGGGAAUUUGAGCGUAACUGACAUGUAGAAAUUAUGUUUCAGAGGAGGAACUGUACCAGAACUACCAGGAGAAGGCCUUACAUAAUGACUCAGAUGAGGACGCUGAUUCCAGGGAACCCAAACCUGAUAAUGGCAUUGUGGUGCAAUACAGACCUAUCCGCACCUCCUGGAGCCAGCUCAGUGUGGUCAGACAUCUUUUCACAUCUCUCUCUCACUCUUCCACACCAUCUAUUCCAAGGAAAAACAUACAUUUCACAUGCAGGCUGCGGACGUGGAGUCUUGGAAUGCAAGUGUUGUGAAGAAUGCUGUUAUAUCCAGUUUGGCCGCAGUCCAUACCCGUCCUCCCACUGCUUCUGCCUUCUUCUGCCUCUUAGUUUUGUUUAUCAGCGAGUACAGGAGCCUUUCUUCCAGGAGUCGGGUGGGCAGGGAGUCAGACAGUCAGCCAGACCCACAGGAAGUCUUGGAAGCACUGCUGGGCUUAGUGCCAGUGUUGGCAAACUCUACACGCUCGUCAGACAGCAAAUAUGCUCAAAAUUUUGCCCCUACAGAGGAGUGCGGUGGCUCUGGAUUACAUAAUGUAGUUAAGGGAUCGGAGCGGAGAGAUAGAAGGAUACAAGGGAAGAGAUUGAGCUAAUUUGGUUUUCUACUGAGGCAUUCCCAUCUGUUUGUUUACUUGUUGAGGCGGGGAAAGUGUGGGAGCAAAAACAGGGCCGGCAUACUGAGAGAGGCUAUUAGAAUUAAUUCUGUGCAGACAAUGAGAAGCACACAGUCUUUAAUAAACGGGAAAUUGGAUUUAAAGUUAAAAACACUGAAAAAUUCUCUUUUUAUUCCUCUUUCCUGAGCAAAAAAACAAAUUGAGUCCAGAUAAGACUUUGCCAAGCGUAUCAGGACUCUUAAGUAUCUUCCAUCACAGCUGCUUUACAGCUGUGGAUCUGUUGGUGUGAAUGUGUUUGGCCAGACAGAACAUGAUGUAAUGCCAUGGUAUUUUUCCUAAGCUUUCAGAUUCUGUUUUCCAAGCUUGUUUAGCAUAAGUGUGACACAAAAUUUAGGAAGGUUAGUUCUGGCGAAGCGAAGAACCUGAUUUUCAAGUCGUCCUCACGUGCAUCUCUCUCACCUCCUCCCUUUCCUUAACGCCCUUGUUUUACCCCCUGUCAUUAAGCUUUUAAUGAAAAUGACGCCUUAUGUUAGCACACUUCCUGAAAACACUGUUUGUAGUUGCAGUGGGGGGGCUUUCCUGUAGCUAUGCGCCUGAGGUUGUUUGUUUUGUUCUGCUUCGGAUGAGAACACAUGAAAUAAAGCUUUGGAAAAGUACUUAUAAAUCUCGACCAGCUUAAGCGGUUCUGACUCAGUAACACUCAGCGAAGGUGCAAACAAAGGAGAGUUCAGCUGGCACGGCGCAGGACUUUACAGCCUUGUAUUGAUGGAUGUUUUAAACUCAUCUGGAGUGUUAAAGAUUUUUAAAGAGGGAAAGUGAGAGCAAGGGGAGGUGUGAAGCAGAUCUAUGUGUGAAAGUGAGAUAAAGAACCACGAGAGAUGUUUGGUCUGCUGCCGGUUUGUUUGUUCCCAGUGUUUGCCAAAGGCUGAAGGGUAGAUACUGCAGAAAAAGAAGCCUCCUCCAGGAACAGUAUCACUUCCUUGUUUCCUCUACACAACAUUACAGGAUAAGAAGCUAGUGGAAGUAAGAAAAUACAACCUCUCAGGUGUGAUUCUUCCGUUGUGGUUUGCUGACGUGUAAAAUUGAAGGAGCCCCAGGACAGACAGGUUAAAUUUGGUGAAACAUAAUACAGGCAUGUAUUUAAGUCACUAUGUCAGAGCUGCAGGCUGAUUAUUCAAUAGCUCUCCACACCCAGCCCGUUCCGAACGAUUGCGUAGUUUCACUCUUAGUCAAAUGGACCAGAUAUCAUCAGUUAAAUAACAAUACCUACGUAAAUUUAAAGCUAAGUGCUUUCCGCUGUGUGACAUUUCGCCUUAGGAAUAUUUCAGUUUCCUAACCCUAACCUGACUAAAAAUAAUUCUCCUUACACUUUUAUCUCUCUUUGUUCUCUUCAGGUCAAAAAAAGUGGACUGUCUGACCGGAUGAGUCAGGAGGAACGCAAGAAACAAGAGGUAGGAUCCAUAAUUCAGUCAUUGUUUGUGUCGGAGUGAGAAUGAGGAGUGUUUGAUGUAUCGAUUAAAUCACAUUUAUGGUUUUGUAAAACUGACAAACAUGGAAAUCUGGAUUUUCCCUGUUGUAACUUCCUCCACCGCUCCCCCCGGGCUUCUCUUGUUAUUGCCCUCCACCCCUCCCCCUUAAUCAGUUUCUGCAGAGACACACACAACAACAACAACAACAACACGGCUGCUAGUGAAAGAGAGAGGAGAGGUGUGACAGUUGAACAAAUAAUGAUCUGAAAAUGUGUCACAUUAAGAAUGAAAUGACUCCAAGGGUGUUUGACACACUAAUGGAAGUGUUCAGAUAUGCAUGGUAUUGUUUAAUAGCAUUCCAAACAUGACUGUAGGGUACAGCUAUGUCAAGCACGUUCAUGACCAGAGACUGUUUCAUAGAGGAGGGUGAGUCAGGACUUGAUUGGGUAACUGAAGUGCUCAAAGGGAAAAAAAAAAAGUUAUGACUGGAAUGACAUUGAUUAAAAAAAAUCCUCCCCUGCCCUCUAACCCUCUUUGUUCCUCCUGUUUCCCCCCCAUCUGUCUUCAUCAGGCUAUUUUUGAGGUCAUUUCGUCCGAGCACUCCUACCUCCACAGUCUGGAGAUCCUGAUCCGCAUGUUCAAGAACUCUGCAGAGCUCAGCGAGGCCAUGACCAAGACCGAACACCAUCACCUCUUCUCUAAUAUCGUGGAUGUCUGUGAGGCAAGCAAAAAGUAAGCAUGGGCACUUUUGUUAACAACACGUGUGUAUUGUUGUGCACUUUAAGACUCAGUAGACUCUGUUUUAAAUCAUAAAUGUUGGCCUUUACAUGCUGCUCUGUAUUUUUAUGCUUCUGUUAUUCAUUCCCUAGAUGUUCAGCAGUCUUGUGGUUUGUGGUUUUGGCUAAUGAGCUGCAUAAUUCUUCUAUAUAACAGCACUUAAAAGUGGGUAGAUAGCUCCCAGUCUGUAAAAACUGUUUGUUGUAUGUUGGUAUCAUUCUUUCAGCCUGAAGUUGUAGCUUCUGUCAGAGUUGUUUUCAGUGUGUGAGAGGCUGUGGUUAAGCACCGCUGAGCUGUUUACUAUACGUCUGUGAGGUUGCAUGCCAAGCGAGGGGCAGGAUGAGUAAACAGGGAAGAAUAAAAGAACAAUUUAGCUGAGAGAUUAAAUUUCGUUUUGAGUGAGUGAGCCCUAGAGCACACUAGAUGUUUAGUUUUCACCCCAUUUUUUAAGGUAAGUGCUUAAAAAAUGCCAUUACAGUUUAGUGUGCAUGUAUGUGUGUUCGAGUUAAUGAUAUCCAUGUCCAUGUAACCAUAUAUUUCCAAGAGACCUGUAAAAUAAUGGAAACUUUCAUGCAUGGCAGGCUAUGAAAGUUGAGACUGGUGAAAACGGUGCAACCUCAGCAAUUAUUGCACCUCACCGAACUCCAUUAUUUCUUGAAAUGAUUGACAGAGGAGUUUCUAGACCUGCGUGUUCUUUGUUAGCUUCACACAUGUUGGUGCCUUUGAUUAUUUUUUCAUUAAUCAUGCUCUAUUUGAGUUUAGAUUUAAUGAAAACAACUCUAAGUGCCAGAAUAGUCUUGUGUUGGUCUGACGUUUGCACACUUUCUCCUGUAUUUGUCCCGACUUCACUCAAUCUGCUCUGUUCAGUCUGCAGGUUCAAAAGGCUGGUCUCAGUGCGCCCAUGUUUACAAAGUGUCACAUCUGACUGUUAAAAGACAGUAGGACUUAAUUUUCAACAGAAAACACAACUCUAACAGAUAUAAGACAGAAUCAGUUAAGAUGUAAGGUAGUAGUUUGUCCACAGGGGGCGCCCAAAUCAAGACAAACCAAAAGUAUCUUGGUGCAAUGAUGUUUAAUAUCCCUGGGCUGUAAGUUACUCACAUGCAUCUAAAACACUCACAGCCCUCUCCCCACACAGACGAAACAGCAGCCUGCAGAUGGAGAGAUAUUCCUGCUUUUGUUUCCUGAGAGGCUAAAGUCAAAGCCCGACUAUCUCUUCCAAGUAAAACAUCUUGUUUAACCUGUGCUUCAGGCAAAUUUGAUCCUCAGAGCUGCCACCCCCAUGUCUUUGUGCGGUUUCUUCUCUUUCCUGUCUAAAUAUUUAAAUGGGUUGGGUUAAGUGUUGCAUCAGUGUGUGUGUGUGUGUGUGGCCCAUGUAUAGGAACGACAAAGGAGAGUGAGAUGGGCUGCAGCAUGUCUGAACACACACAAAAACUGUAAUUGUAAAUGGUUUGAAUUUAUUCUGCCUGCUUGUCAAUCAGUGUGAGGAAACUGUAAACCAUAUGCACAGAGGGCUGGGACAAUAUCCUUUUCUCCCUAUUCGAAUCUUCUAAAUUUUUUUGGAUGCCAAUUCGAUUUAAAUUGCGAUUCCACGAUAUUGUCGAUUUUCUCGAUUUUUUUAGUCUGCAUUUUUAACAGUUGAAUGAUUAUGAUUGUCUACUGACUAAUCCAGGAACCAUAUUUCCCCAAAAAAUACACAUCGUAUAUAAGUCAGUUUUUAAGAUUUACUCUUAAAUUUUAAUUAAAAAAAAAAAAAGUUUUUCGAACAUAAAAACUGAUUUAAAAUUGUAAAAGAAAAAAUUGAGAUACUUAUUCGAAUCGAUUUUUUUCUCCCACCCCUGAUAUGCAAUGGUUGUGUUGUUAAAUGAGAAGAGUUUGCAGUCCUGGCAUGAAAGCAGCAAAGAGCAAAUGUCAUCAACAGUUGCACAAGUGAGCUCUGCACGUGUGCACAUGCAAAUCUUUAACAAGACAGCCGCGAUGAGCUAAAACUCGCCAAAUGGUCUAAAAAGGACCUUUAACGGGUUUUACUGCUUGACUCUCGGGUUAAACAUGAAGCCCAGGCAGCAGCAGGACUGAGGCUCAUUAAACUUAAGUUCACACUACUGCAAGAAACUGGUAAACACCUCAGCAGACUGCACUCUUUUUAUUCACUAGUUUUAUUCAGGAUCCUAAUUUUGGGCAUAUUCCAAGUUUGCGGUAUUUAAGUGCCCUUCCUUGACCUCUUCCCUCAUGACACCAUGCUGCCGUCGAGGUCAGUGGGUUUAGCCCCCAUGAGUGAGGGUGUGCAGCCCUAACUUGUGUUUCCUUGACCUGUGAAUCCCAGCAUGCACCUUUACAACACGGGCCAUUGGACAGGUCAGCAUGUGUGUGUUCUGUUAUCCUGUGUGCCGGCGCUCCUAUUAGAAAGGGUAGAGUUCAAGAGGACAGGGUCAGACACAAACACAGAGACACAAUUAGCAUUGUUUUCCGUAGAUGUAGCACCCUAUUUGAUAAGAACUGGGGUGCUAGAGGUGCUUUUGCAGAUGAGCUCCAACUCAGGCAAACAGUCAAGGUCAAUGUCCUCUGUCCGUGUCACAGCGUCCUGUUUGUCACCUUGGAUCCUGCCUGUAGAAACACUUAGUCUCUUGAUGCUGGUCAUGUAGCGUGCCAUUAAACCGGCCAUCUGCUAGAGCUCAGGAAGAGGAAAAGCCUCUGUGUUAUGGUUAAUGGUAGGCUAGGUCUAUUUUAAGAGGCAGGGAGUUCCUCUUUUGUGAUCUCGCAGUGGAUUUUUAGUCGAAAGGUGUUAGCGGUUUUUCCUUCCUUCCUGACUUUGUAUCUGUGGUUAUUUCCUAUAUUUUCCCCAGGGCAGGAUGAGUCAUGGUUUCUGUGCCUCUGACACAAGCUGCUGCCAUGUAAGGUAUGAAUUCUUGACAUACUAACCUUCAUUUAUUCGUCUUUUGUUCAGGUUCUUUAAGGAACUGGAGGAGAGACACCAACAGAACAUUGUGAUCGACGACAUCAGCGACAUUGUUUCCAAGCACGCUCAGUCCAACUUUGAUCCCUACGUGACGUACUGCUCCAAUGAAGUCUACCAGCAGAGAACCCUGCAGAGGCUGGUGUAAGUGACCUCGCAAACACGUUCAAACAGAUUCUCUUAUCGUAUCUCUCAUGGAUUUGAUCCAACAUUACUGUUCUUACACUUUGAACCAGGGAGUUCACUCUUUCUACCUUCACUGAACUCAGUCGCCCUACUUCUUGGCUUGCAGGUCCAAGAAUCCGGCUUUUAAGGAGGUGCUGACCAGGAUAGAGGGCCACCCAGACUGCAGGAACCUCCCAAUGAUCUCCUUCCUCAUCCUGCCCAUGCAGAGGAUCACCCGCCUGCCUCUGCUCAUGGAUGUGAGUCAACUGGAGACGUACAGUAGCAUGAGCUCUGGAAUUACAAGACUUUGACUCUUAUGCAACAGCUUGUUUACUCGUCAUGACCCGACUAAUUCACCAUGAGACAUUUUCUAACCUCAGAUGUUUGCCUGGCCUUUAACGGAUUUGCCCUCUCCUCUUUCCUCAUGUUAAUGUUUUUCUUCUUCUCGAGUUUCAUCUUGCUUCCUUACGCACCACAUUAUUAUAUCCCUACCGUGCCUCCCUCUCUUCCUCCUCCUCCUCUACUUUGCUCCACUUCCAUCCCCCCUUUUUCUUGUCCCCCGAGGGACUCUGGGGUUUAUGCUAGUACACUCAGAGGCUUUUGGAUCCUGAGAAAGUUUGGUUUCAGUUCUUUUUCUUCCCACAGCUUUCCUUCAGGCGUCGAUACUUUUGCUAGAAAGCAAUGUGUAUGAAUGCCGUAAAACGUUUGCAUGUAUUUCAUCCAAAUUUUUGCAAAUUAAAAACGCAUGUCCUGGUUCUUUGUGUUGCAGACCAUCUGUCAGAAGACACCUAAAGACUCCUCUCAAUAUGAAGAGUGUAAGAAGGCUUUACAAGCAGUCAGCAAGGUGUGUGGACGCUAAUGUUUAACAUUCACUCUGGAUUUCUGUACUUGUGUUUCAUUUGUGUAAAGUAAUAACGAGACUAUUUGUGUGUCUGUGUGCGUUCGGGAUCAGGUGGUGAGGAAGUGCAAUGAAGGAGCUCGCACUAUGGAGAGAACAGAGAUGAUGUACACCAUCAACUCUCAGCUGGAGUUCAAGAUUAAGGUUUGUACUGGCUUUGACGAAUAAGAUCCAGUAGCAUUAAUGUACAAAGAGAGAGAGAGAGAUUGUUUGUUAGAUCAAAUAUUCAUACAGUACAAUUUUAGACAAGAAAUUCAUCUAUUUUUGGAGAUCGAAAAGGGUUGGUAGAGGCUAUUUAGCUUAUUUGUACCUACCCUCUUUCCUUCCUAUUCAUUGACCUUUUACAUCUCUAGAAUUUUAGGAUUUCUUAAGUUGCCAAAAAGUAACCAAAGCUAUAAGUAUUUUUCGAUCAUACUCCGUUUUAAUUUACUUUAAAACUGUGCUGUUGUUUUGCUUUGUUUAAUUUCAUUGGGCAAGAUGUUCCACAGCUUCACCCCCACAACAGAAAGACACGUGCUUUUUAGUGUUGUACGAACGCCUGGUUGUUUUAAAUUUCGUUCCCCUCUUAAGACAUACCUACCUUCUCUUCCACCUAACAUUUUCUGUAUAUUACCAGGGAGUGGAUUGUUGCUUGCUUUGUACAUUAUCUGUGCAGUUCUAAAUUCAACUAGAUCAGCAAAUUCAAGGAAACAUUUCAUUAGUAUAAUGUAAGAAUCCUACCUUGUUAACAAUCCUUAUUGCUCUCUUUUGCAUAAUAUAUAAAGGUUGUAAAUUCGUUAUGUAUGUAUUUCCCAGACUUCUAUGCAAUAAUUUAGAUAUGGUAAUCUAAGUGUAUUAUAUAAUAAGUAUAAAGUUUUAUGGUUUAAUAUGUGCCUUGUCCUCCUAAAAUACCUAUACUCCCAGCCAACUUCCAACUAACAUGGUUUAUUUUGGGUUUCCAACUGAGGUUAUGGUCCAUUUUCACCCCUAAAAAAAAUACACUCAUACACCCUCUCUAUCUUAGUAUUAUUAAUACUUACUUCCACCUCUGUAUUUAGUUGAAUUGGUCUCUUUCCAAACACAAUGAACUGAGUUUAUUCUCAUCAAACCAUCAUUUUAGUUUACUCAACUCCACUGAGGUAUCCUGCAACAGCUGGUUUAGAUUCUCUCCUGUACAAAAGAUAUUAGUAUCAUCUGCAAAAAUAACAAAUUUCAAUUCACUAGUGACUUUACCUAUAUACUUUAUAUAUAAUAUGAAUAAAGAUGUUAGCUAGCUAAUAUUUAAUGUUUCAAAAAUGGCUUUGACAGUAUAAAACACGUAUGUAGUGCCAGUAACUCCAAACACUAGACUCUGAAGAGGACGUAACGGUAGCAGUCACUAUAUUGAAAACGCUGACUCAGACAAACUUUUGGGCAACAAAGACACAGUAAAAAAGGUAGAGCCUGUCAAACGAGUCAGCCACACCCUAUCAACUCAAAUAGUGUUUGUAAAGAGUAUAACUUUUUUUGUGGGUGGGGCUUCGCUGAACCGUUAAUCUGUGCGCCAAAACAGUCAGCUUCGCACACACAUGCACUUUUGAUUAUCACCUUUGUCCAGCUUCAGCUCUAAGAAGUGGUCGACUGAAUAGGGUAUUUCUAUGGCCGAUGCAUGUACUGAUUAAAAGAGUGCAGGUUUACAAAUAGCUGAUAUAUAAUGCCAAUAUCAUGUUGUUGAUACAUGUACAUGUAAACAACACACGUAUCUAAUGCUGCAAAGAAGAAAAAAAGUCGAUUACAAAAAAACUUCAAUGAUCCUUCAAAUUUGCAUCCAAAGCUUUGACUUUUGCAACAUGUGUACACAUGCAGACACCACAACACAAAGAGGACACGUAACGUCAUUGGGGGUGAUUAUCUAUACACAUAAUGAAGACAAGGCUUGGCAGGAUCAACUGUGCCUAAGUAGUGUGGGAAAGAGCUGUUGGCACAUUUGGGAUUCACAGAUGUCGAGGGAACAUAUUUUCAGUCUGCAUAGCCAGCUGUUCGCACACAAACAAGCAUUAUUUAACAGUGCAUACCAUUUACAACACAAUGCCUUUCUUAUUUUUUUUCCCCCAGCCUUUCCCGUUGGUCUCAUCGUCCAGGUGGAUGGUAAAAAGAGGAGAGUUAACUGCGUUUGUGGAGGACAAUGGCAUCUUCUCCAAGCGCAUGUCACGACAGCAGGUCUAUUUCUUCCUCUUCAAUGACGUCCUCAUCGUCACCAAAAAGAAGAGGUGAGUUUGCGGCGCUCUCUCUGGGGACAGCACAGGCAGGUGUUGUGUGUGUGUGUUUGCCUUCGCUGGUGGGAGUGUGUCCUCGGAGUGCGAGUUUUGCUCAUAACUCACCUGUUCUGACAUGUCCUGGGUGAAAGUGUAACCGAAAGCCCUUGGUUUUCACCGUCCUUGCGGCUUUGUGCAGGUUGUGCAACAUGUUUUUCUCUUGUCACUUUACUUCAAAUGUAAAGUAAAACAUCAGAGGAAAGAUAAUAAAUUUCGACAGAAGUCUCAGAAGUGUUGAAGGAGACUUUGGCGUGCCAAACAGGUGCAGUUUUCUGAACCUGCUGCGACUUGGCAUCAUGACCAGCUUGUUUUUGUCUGGGUUUCAACAUGUCUUAGUGCCGUGAAUCAUCUUGGAGAAAGUGGACCUGCUCGUUGUCUGUGUCUCCGCUUUCCCUUCCUCUGUUUCCUCUCGUUUUUAGGUAAACGCCUUGAAGUAAGCCACAAAGAGGACUUCCUCGAAAUUAUGUGGUUUUCAUUUUGCGUGUGUGUCGCUCGGGUGUGCGCUCAGGAUCGUGUUUACUUUUCGCCAAAAAUGAAAACCCUCUCUUCCCGUUUUCUUUCCCCCUGCGUCUGGAACUGAUUUCACCGCCACUCGCAGACUUCAGAAUUCCUGAGACUCAUUAAAAAAAAAAAAGUAAAGAAACAUUCCUCGUGAUAUUUUUCUGGGAAUUUGAUGCAGGGCAGCAGAUUCCAGCAGUGCGGUGUCAGGCUUGUGUUUUGGAAGUCGGAUUUUGGGGAAAAAAGGGAGUGCUCCGGAAUCAGAGUGUGUAUUGGUGCAUGUGUGAGUUUGAAUGGGAGAAGCUGUUAUAAUAUUGGUCCGUUCUGUGGGGAGUGCUGGAGCCCUGCUGUGGCACGCUACUCUACUGCACUCCAUCCGCAGUAACCAAAACAAAAACACAGCAGAGCUACACAGGGGCUAGCCAUGCACAGCCAGGUCACAGACUCAAGUAGACAUAAUGCUCUAAUAGCUCCUCAGCUUGACGGCAUGAGUGUGUGUGUCUCAUUUUGUCUCAUUUAUCACCAGCUAACAUUUGGAGGAGAAGCUUAAACACCAAGGAGGAGGAGUGAAAUGGUCAAAGGGGUAAUCCAUAGAUCUUGCACGGUUGAGAGAGAACAUACCUGUGGCCUUAGCAUGUUUUCGCUUUUCUAGGACUAUAUUUCUACACAUGUGGGAGUCAAAGGGCACAGAUAUGUUGUAGCCUGAGCGUGCCGAUGGGUGUACACACUGUCCUUGGUUGGACCUCAAAGGAAUUUCUGAUUUAGUAACAGCUCCUAGUACUAAAUCUAAACUUGUGUGGGUGUAUCAACAGUGAGAUUUACCGCUGACCAAUAUCCCCUUAUCGUCUUUUUAUUAGUCCUCAUUAAACCGGAUAACAACCAUUACAAACAUAAUUUAACAUAGAUCCAUCAGGGUUUUGUCAUCUUAUAAAUUCUGUUUAUGUAAGGAGAGCCAAUCGAAAAUUGAUUAUAGUCUUUUCAGUUUAACGGCUCUGCUGUAUUAAUCAACCUUGAGCUGGAUAAUAGAUCUAUUUGAAACCAUCCCUGUGUCGGACGGGGCUUUUGUCACGCUGCGGGAAAGUGCUGAUCUAUUGCACUCUGGCUCGCGGGAACACUUACAUAACACUGGGUUCAAACCAGCUGGCUCCUUUCUCAGAUUCACUUCCCGCCUUUUUCCUCUGUGAUGCGGGGCAUCGUCUAAAACUUCAGAUACUGUUGAGGGUUCCACUCUGGGUUUCUUCCUUCUGUCUUUUCUCUUUCCUUUGUUAAGAACUUGAAUUUUUUUCAUUCCUCUUAUCCUCUGAGCGAGUGAGAACUUUGAAUCUGAGAAUUUCCCUCGCUUUACGCUUGUUUAACUUCACCAUAGUCUCAACACUCCCUUUGUCAUCAGAACAGUUAGCUCUGUGCGCGUCUUUGCGUCUGUGUCUGUGUGCGUGUACAUCUCCACGUUCUUACUUCAAGCCUUAUCUUCACAUCUCUCUGGGGAUUUGUGUAUUUAUGCUUGUGCGCUGGUCGAGAACUGGUUGUACCUAGGAAGAAGGCAGCUGGCACAGUUGUGAUGACGUGUGAAGAUGCCUGUGCUAUCUCUAACAGCAGGCUGAUUUUCAUUCCAGCAGGCCUGUAUUUUUCGUAACGGCGUGAGGAUUUCUUCCCUUCCAUCGCUUCAGUAUUUUACACCUCCUUACCACAUUUUAAAGAGGAUAUCACAAAUGUUUUCCACCUUCAUUGUUUUGUUUAGUAAUAUCCCACCCAACCCCACACAUGAGGAAACUCAGCACACAAACAUGCCAUGACACACCCAUCCCACUCCCAAGUGUCAUUAAUGUGGAAUUACAAGCAUUUCACCUGAAGGGCAGUCAGGAGUCAAACGCUGGCGACCCCAAAAACACACAGACAGAUUCUUAUUUUACAAACAAAGAGUUAGAUUAUGAAUUAAAAUGACUGAAUAUUAGGGUUUUAGCUUUAUGAGGGUUUGACAGGCUGAUUUUCUGUUCAUGGUAAAUGGUAAAUUAAUAGUUCUUUGUUGAUUCAUUAAGAGCUGAAUCUGGUUUUUAGGAUGUUUUUAACCUCUGACAGAUUUAGAAAUGAUCGUACGCCACAUAAUUCUUUCAUUUCAUCCUUUAAUUUGUAAUCAAGAUUCCUUCACAACACCUUAAUGGACCAAAGGGCCAGUUGUGGUGGACGUUCUUAUUCUUAUUCCUUUCUAAUUUAGACUUAUCAAAGACCAUCAAUAUACUCUUAUUUGUUUCACAGUUGUAUAAUUAUGUGAGCUUGUAAGGAGGAGUUAGCUGUAUGUAGGCCUGGAUAAUGUAACAUCGAUAUGAAACAUGGUCAAUAUGCUUUUCGACAGCUGUCAUUCUGCCAUGUUUUGGUAGACUAUGCCAAUAGCCAAUGAAAAGGGGAGUUGCUCCAGGUUGUUCUGUGCUGAACCAAUCAUGUGCUGAAUCAGAACCAAGCAGCAUGCCUGCGUAGUAGCAGGCAGCAGCUACAUGCAACCAUAGCACUUUAACAGCACUGUCGGUGACAAAAAAUAAAUAAAACAUGAGUUCUACUCCUGGCAGAAAUGCAGAUAAAGGCUCAACAGAUGACGACAUCGUCAACAACACUGGCAUGAAAACAUUGGUGGUGUGGAGGUAUUUGUUUUUUUGUUUUUUUUUAGGUCAGACAUGAAGCAGAGUCGAGUACAUGUUGAAUUUCAUUUAACAGUAACAGGAAACAUUUAAGAUUGACAAAUGAUUUUUUUUAUUGUGAUACAUAUCGAUAUCAACUGAUAUGAAAAAAAUAUAUAAUGAUAAACUUUUUCCCAUAUCACCCAGCCUGUAAUUCAAGUCCUAUUUUUUGCAUGUAGCUUAAAGACUUAAAGGAAAGCGGAGCAGCUAGUUUUUCUUAAAAUCCACCCACCAGAACUUCAAAAGCAGUAAUAAGUUAUUUCAGGAACAAAGUUUUUGAUGUAGGGAGUAGUUUGAAGUCAUCGUUGGCUGUAUCAGCCUCUAUUUUCUUCCCACAGCCUUAUCAGAUUUCCCUCUCCCUCUGUUUUCUAAGUAGUUGUCGAGAACAGUCCUUAACCUCAAUGAUUGGUGGACAAAAGGGGCCAAUGGGUAACAGUUGAACCUUGUUGAGAGCCUCCCAACCGUGACUCCAACAAGGCAUGACCUCUGAAUUCAGAGUUUCUGUGUGGUAAUGAAAGCAAGUGACAGAUACACCGACUCUACUGUGUGUUCAGCUGUUACCAUUGUCCCUGCCUGUGUGUGUGUUUGUGUGUUGAAAUCGAAUGCUACUGAACCCGUUGGCUUACGUGAUGCUAGCUCCUUGUCCAGUAGCUCCUCAGCUCGUCUCGGCUGCUGUUUCAGUCUCGGGUUUGAUAAAACACAUGUGGUCUGGACAAAAGCCCCUGUUUUUCAGAGCGCUAUGAAAACACACACAUCUUUUUUUUUCUGCAGGUUCAGCGCCGCAUUAGAGGUACUGUGUUACAUAAUCAAGUCCAGAUGUUUUGAACUUAACUCCAUGUACUGCUAGACACGGGGUCGUGCUCAGGUAAAGGUACACAUGGGAACUGUGGGCAUUCUUGGACUUUAGACGCCAGGGGUCAGCUGAUUUAGUGUAAGCACAUGCAGACGGCUGAACGUGUGGACUUUUGACUGGCACACAAUCUGAGACAUAAUGUGACAGCUGAUUUAUUAAUCCAGGUGAGUUUGAUUAACUACGCUGCCUUGAGCCUCUCAGGGGUGGAAAAAGCGAAGAAACAUGAAACAAGAUCGUUAGGAAAAACAAUGAACUUGGAUUUGAUUUGUGGGAGGGGGCGUAUGGAUAGAACAGCGGGUACACAACGACCACCGUGUUAUAUAAUAUGAUGUUCUUCCAAUGUAAAGUGCUGUGAAAAGAUUUAUUCAAAUACCUGAAUUUAUUUUACUCCACUCUAAAUUUUCUUUUGACACCAUUUGCUGAUAUGAGAUUUUUACGAAAGAGGAUUAGGGCAACAAGAAUUAAAAAGAAAAAUUAUAGGAGGGAGAUUUUUUUUUUAUUUCCAUUUGGAGAUUACAGUAAAAAAUUUUAGAUUAAAGUCGAAAUUUGAAACAGACAAGAUAAAAAAAUUGAAAUUAUGUGAAUAAAGUCGAAAUUUUAACUUUAAUCUCAAAUUUUUAAUUUUUUUUUUAAAUCUCGAAAUUCCAACAUUAUUUAUGAUAUUUCACCAUUUUGUAAUCUCAAAAUUUCAAAUUUUAAUCCCGAAACUUCUACUUUUUUGGCACAAACUCGAGUUUUUCAUCUCUAAACUUCAACUUUCAUCUCAAAAAAUCUCCUUUCUUUAAUUGUUAUUUUUUUCUCUGAUGUUGCCCUAAUCCUCUUUUAUAGAUUUUGUUAUGUCUUUUAAUUCAGAAUCAAGUAAAAUACAUGCUUGAUUCAAGAAAAUCUGGUUUAGCUGCAUAUGAAAGUAGAAAAGCAGCUGAAUACACACAAUUUCGCUGCGUCCUGCCAAAAGAUUAUCCGUACAUCAUGAAAUAACCCGCCUUGAUUACUUUUACAGAUACCUGCGGUCUGAUUUAAUCGUCUGUCUCUUUUUCUUUCAGUGACGAGAGUUAUACCGUGAUCGACUACGCUCUGAGGGACCAGAUCUGGGUGGGCUCCUGUCAGCCGGAGGAUCUCAACCUGUCACCUGUCAGAAGCACCACCAGCAUGCUGAGCUCACGUCAACCGGGCGCAAACCACCUUUUCCGUCUGUGUUUCCGUAGCAACCACAGUGGCGAAAAGGUGCCGAUGAUCCUUGGGACGGAGUUGCUGUGAGUGCUAUUUCCUUUUCACCUUUGUCCUGCUUUAUUUUGGUUUCACUUGCGUUUCAGCGACUGCUGUCACGUAGCAGGUGAGUCACUUUUUACUGGCAGGAUGCGUCCUCUGCGUCUGUUUACCUGUGCACAUGUAGGUCACUGUACACAUAUGGUUUAAAUUUCAGUCUUCAGCUAAGAAGGCAGAGAGGAUUUACUUUAUUUUUACUUUUAUUAAUAAAUGAAAACCCUGGAUCCUUCUCCGCUCUUGAAAACCAGUCCUGUGUCUUUCAUCUCUCCUUUAUGGGCUUUUAAGAAAUCUCAGACAGCUCUCUUCUCAGCUCUCUGUCUCUAUUAGGACCAUUAUUCCUCACAGGGGUAUUUUGUUACAUAUACGCUAACUAAGCCUCUCUAUUUUCUGUUUGUUCGACUGAGGAGAUUGAGGUUAUUAGUCUGUUUUGCAGCUGUAAUCUCUGCUACGCAGACCGGCUGCACCAGAUGAUUGUUUUGUUGACUGAGCAUCUUCCCCUUUAACCAUCCAGCCUAAGCAAAGCAACUGUCUUUGUUUAGAGUCGACUAGUUGUAGUGGAAAUCUAUCGCACAUGCAGCGUAGAUGAUUACUCACAUCUGACCGAGAGAGAAAGUCAGCUGGUGUGAGGUUUCUUAAAACUCAUGCAGGAUGGUCAAACUCAAACUAACUCCUCCUCCUCCUCUUCGUCGCUCCAUUCCAUCACUCUUUGUACAGCAAACAGAGUGAAAAGCGAGGUUGUUUAGAUAGAUUAUAUAACCCGUGCAAACAAAGGAGAUCUGUCAUUUACCGAGCUUCACACAGAGUAUAUUUGUUCUAGUUAACUCUGAGAGCGCACGUACUGUACACAGAUGUACAUCACGCAUUCACGCACGGUCAGAUUUCACUGUAAUUAUUCGCUGUGGUUCAAGGCUUUGUUCGGGAAGGCAGAUCCUGUUCCUCCUCAUUCCUGUGAACCCAGAGAGCCUCCCUCUGUAUUCUCGUUCUCGCAGGUGCAGUUUCCACUGAAACACGACUUUACAGGAGCUCUUUUUUUAUGCAUCAGCAAUAAAUUUCAUGAGUACUUUUAGUUUUUGUUUGUUUCUUUAGGUGUAAAGCUACAGUUGCAUUAAAACUGAAGGUCAAAUGUAAGGGAUGCUUUGUAGUGAAUGGGUGGUUAUGCUAAUUAGAAUCCCAAAAGGGUGAGCAAGACCUGAAGGAUAUGAAGCAGAUGGGGAUUUAAAGAAGAGGGGACCCAAACAACUGUUGACAGCUUAAAGGGAUAUUCUGGCGUAAAAUUAAUGUAGAGUCAAACACACCGUAAAACCGAGUUAGACACCCCCUCGAGAGAUGAAUGUUGCAGACCGCUUGCUUCUCUAGUGAUACCAACUUUGGUAACAACCGCACGUUAGCAAUACACAGCAGUCUGAGGAGCCAUAAACAAACCUCAAUCAAAACGCCACUCUAUAGCCACAAAUCUUUUUAACUUUGCCUAAUUUCUUUAGCAAAGAGACUAAACACAACUCACCUACUCUCUUCCAGCAGCCGCUUGUUUGUAGUGAGACCUCAGGCCAGUCCAUUACAGACUGCAGCGGGGUGACGCAGCUCAAGGAAGAACAUUUAUGAUCAUUUAGUCAUGGAAACGCAAUCAAACUGAGAUGUUAAGGCAGAAGAACUACUGCGUCUGCAGAGCAAAAUGAUUAAUAUGGUGAUUAUUACUUCAAGGAAAUGAUAAAGAAAUGAUCAUAAAUGUUCUUCCUUGAGCUGCGUCACCCCACUGUGGUCUGUAAUGGACUGUCCUGAGGUCGAGUUACAAACAAGCGGCUGCUGGAAGAGAGCAGGUGAGUUGUGUUUAGUCUCUUUGCUAAAGAAAUUAGGCAAAGCUAAAAAGAUGUUUGGUGGCUAGUGCUGUAGCUAGUACCCUAUAUGUACUGUUGAUGAAGUUAGGUGCUGUUCUGAGCAUUGUUUGUGGCUAUAGAGUGGCUUUUUGGUUGAGGUUUGCGUGUGGAAUGGUAGACCACUGUGUAUUGCUAUCGUGCGGUUAUUACUAAAGUUGUAUCCCUAAGUUCAUCCUGUCAUCUUUCAGUUUUGUGGAUUCCCUGUACUGUACUGUGUGGACUGGAGGUCGUCCCUUGCUGACAGAGAAGCUAGUUUUCCAGUUGAAUAGCAGUGUAGCCCUCCAUGCUGUGAGGAAGUAAAAUACCUGACAAAGCAGCAGCAGUAAUAUUGUUAAGUGUGACUGCUGCGGGCCUCAGGAGGAGGUAAUCUUUUUGAAAUGACUUUUUGUGCGGCCCACUCAGCCCCAUACUCUGCCCAUGUACACACGAGGGGGUCGCCUCUUAUUACUGCCCCCUCUGUGUCAUGUGCAUGUUGUUGUGGGAAGCCCCCAGACGCCCCCCUCUUUGAUGGCGGGGGUAUGGGGCCCAUGGCUUAGUUGUAACCCUGUGUGUGUUUGUGUGCGAGUGUGUGUGGGGCGCAGUCCUCCACUCACUGUAGCACUGAAUGAGCCGACAAGAGGAGACCCUGGCAGCUUUCCAUUGUUACAGUGGUUGCUAAGCGCGGUGAAAGCUGUUGCCUAGCAGCAGCCCAUUGUUAAGCCAACUGUUUCCCACGACUGUCCCUCUCUCUCACAGGCCACUUCACUCACACCGACUCAUCCUCGCUGUCCCGUGUCACAGCUUUUCGACAGCGGCCGAUGUCUGCUCUUUGUUUCUCGUGACCGGAGGAUAACUUCCUCUUCCCCGAGUCGUGCAAAACAAUUUAGUGAUCUAACCUAACAUGACACGUGGAAGUGGUCCUACAACUACAAAACCCGGGCUGUUCGGGGGUCCUGUCAGAGUCCUAUAAUGUAAACAAGAAAUGAAAACUAUUCAGGCUUUUGGCUGGUCAUAAAACAGACUCAUGUUGAUAUUAUUGUAACCUGAUUCGCUACAAAACCUAAAUAGACCAUUACUGAUAGGGCGGCCAUGGAUGGGGGUCUGGCAAAGUGAGUUACAGACAUUUUCUUACAUUUUCUACUACAAAUAUGAAGCGCGAUUGGCCUUUCACUAAAAGAAGGAUAUUUUUUCAUUAUUUCUGGUCAGACAUUACCUGCAAAUGUUUGGGGUAAAUUGACCCUAACCCAAAAAGGAAAAUAAUAAUGAUAUUUGAGAAGUUGGAAUGAGCAGCUUUUUACGGCAUGGUUUUUGAGCUAAUAGUUGAAGAGCAACAGAUGCAGAGUGUAAAGGACUUCUAGUCAACUCUAUCUUGUAGUUCUAGUCCAGUGUUGGGCUAAUAGAAAUAAGACACAUGUUGAUAGCCAUAGAGCAGACCAUAGGGGUGGGAGAAAAAACAAAACAGCAUAGUAUUGCGAUAUUUUGUCUGGUGAUUUAUCGUAUCAUCUUGUUUACGUAUCAAUCUUUUUCAAAUUAAUCGCUAAUCUGAAGUCAAAUCUAUAAUAAUGGAAAAGUAAAAUCAACAGUUUGUCCAGUGAGGUGACAUCAUAGAGCAGGAGAACGUUAGUACAACAAAUAUAUAUAUAUAUAUAUAUAUAUAUAUAUAUAUAUAAGGUUUGCAAGAUGUGCCACAUGAAAAUAAAAUACAGCGUAAAUAAGACAAAUAUUGCAAAAUGUUACAAAUCGCAAUAAUAUCGUAUCGUGGCCCAAGUAUCGUGAUAAUAUCGUAUCACGUGAUUCCCACCCUUAGCAGACCACACCUAGAGUUCCUGACCAAUAAUUAACCUGUAUUUUUUUAAAUCGUUAACAUCGAUGUCAUAAACUCUUGAUAUUAUUGUUUAUUAGGAUCCCUGUUAGCUUUUCUCAAGACAAAGCUAGCCUUCCUGAGGUCUGACACAAAGAUAAAAACGUUACAUAAACCUUCAUUAAAUGAUUAAACAAUCACCAGUCUUCAAAAUAAUUCAAUAGAAAAAAGAGGGAAAAAAUGGUACUAGUAAUGAAAUAAGUCAGAGUCACGUAUAAUACAUUGACUUUUGUGCCUCUGAGGAGAUUAGAAGUGUUUUGAAUUUUCUUGAAAUUAAUUUUUGUGCUUGUAUUUUUAUUAUAAUUAGGCAUUGAGUUCCAUCCUGUCACAUAUCAAUAGAUAAAAGUACAUUCAGUAGCUCUGAAGCGUUGAAAAAAGGAGGCAUCUACAGUGUUUAUUUAACUUUAAAGCAGCCCUGAAAAAGAACUGCUGAUUGGCUGUAUCAUGACGGUCAGCUAAUCUGUUCAAAAGGCAGAAACCACAAAAAUAAAUGAAGACUGUGGGAGAGGUAAAGCAAAGAAAAGUCUGUUUCAUAUGUUCGCCUGUGUUGUUGACUUCCCUGCGUACCAAAGUUCAGCUCAAGUUGGUCACCAGUGUGAAAUUCCUCACAUUCUGACCAAAGGUGGGUCUGUGUUUUUAGCUUUUUGAAUUCUGUCGAAACGAAACCCGAGAAACGGGCUUUCCUCCAGCCGGUCAGUGUGGGUGUUUGUACUUUCACUUCCAUUAGUUCUACCUGCCAAAGUGGACGGCUUCUCUUUCAUAGUGUGAGGUCUAAGAGGAUGCAUAUACAGUAGAAGGAUCCUUGAAAACAGCGGUGACAUAACACAUGAGGAAUCCGGCCAGACAGCUGGAAUCAGAGAUGGCACAAGGACGUCUGUGUGUCUUUGUCUGAGGGCCUCUCUGGCAUCCUUUGCUGCUCUUCUGUCUAUGUCCUCUUCCUCUUCCCUGUAUGCUUUAUGUGUAGUGUUUGCAUGCCAGUGUAUUCUCCCCAUGACCCUGAUGUUCUCUCCAGAGUCGGAUAAUAGUGCUUCUCUAUUAGGGGGAACAGAGGAGCUAUAGAGGGUCUGCUGCAAAACAGUUCUGUUAGUCAGAUAUGCAGCUAUAACACAAAGCAGCAACGGUUACAUAAGAGCCCCGACCGGAGGAGGGUGUCUGUACUGCUGGUGCGCACUUUGGCUUUGUUUUUUAUUAUCGUUUUGACUCUGUCUGUUUUGGUUUAUAUAAUUUUUUUUGUUCCCUCCUAUGUCUGCUUUCAUUUAUAUGAUAACGGGGAACUUGUUGAUGGGAAUUGUUCCUCCUGCUUGGGAGUUUCCCUGGCUGGACGAGAUGUUAUCCACUGCACCCCAGAACUUCUCUGGAACUGCGGUUAAACGGGAAAAAAAGAAAGGACUCGGUGGAGAGUAAACAGACCGAUAAGAGUCAGCAGAAAGGGCUGAGAGGUGAGGGAGAAAUUCAGAAAAGAGAUGAAAAACAGCGGUCUGGCGUUGGUUUGUAAGUUGGCAGAGGAAGGAGGGUUAGAGGGAGGCUGUCAUCGCUCUUUAUCUACUUGUGCGAAAGAGGUUUUGCAGCGCGGCAAGCGAGGACCUCUUUGCUUUUCAGAUGUGAAACCAGAACCUCUGACAACAGAUUUAUGGUUCCCUUUCACAUUGGGGGGGUGCGAGGGGUUAGAGGAAAAAAAGAGGGAGCUUUACUACCACGAAACGACUGAUCCUGCACAGUCCUGCAGUUAUGCAGAGGCGAAGAGGGCAAGCACCUGCUCUUUGUACAUAUGUGGUAUUCACAAGCCUGCAUGUAAACACACACACACACGGAGUUGAAAGGCAGUUUUUUUUCACCUGAAGUUUGUUUGGUAUGUGCUUUGCAUUCCUCAGAUAACCAUUAAGUGCUUCUCAAACAUGUGGGGUCGCCUGUUUGCGCCCACGGUGAAUACGUUGAAUGCGCGUCGCUUCUUAGUUACAAUAAAGUAUUUCAGCUGUUAAAACAUGAGGAGGCGACCUGUCGGGAUGCGGUGUCGUACAAACAUGUGCGCUUGUAUCUGACUGUCAGCAUGUGUGUCCAGCUGUCAAAAGCAUGGACUAACAACUGCCUUUCCCACAGUGGAGCUCGGAUGUUACAAGUUGCAUCGUCAGCACAGAUGGAGGAUCGGACAAAUUUGGAUAUGAAAAAAAAAGAAACUUUAAAGAACUGAAAAGAAAAUAGUUGAUUUACUGGGUCAUAUCUCAGACUUUCCAUCUACGAACAGCCUCCUAAGUCAUGCAGAGCACAAAUAGGUCUAAUAAGUUUCUAUUGAGACCAUAAAAUCUGUCAUAAAACUCCAAAGGUCACACUCCCCCAAUUACAAUAUGGCUUUAUGGAUGAACUUUAACAGACUCUAACUCUAGAGUUGAUGAUUUUAUUUAAGAUAAUUCUUGUAAAAGUUUAUGGAAAGUUCACACAGUCCAAUUAGAUGUUGAGGGAUGACGUGACCGCCUGUUUAACAGCCUGUGUGUCCCGAAAGGGAUCAAAACUGGCCAGUGCACAAUGGGAGCACAAUAAUGAGGUCUGACUCAUGGGACUUGCCCGUUUGAGGUCCUCUCCAAGCCGAAAUAAAGAGCAUUCACAGAAAACGUUGUGUGAUAGUCUGCGCAUCUGCAUGCUGCUGAGUCAUAUAGAGGCCUCCACAACCCCCUCAGCUUCAUUUCCUGCACCCCUUAUCUGUCCUCCUUUCUAAAUCCAGGCCCUCCCCUCCUGCAGUAGCAGAUGAGAGCAGGUGAAACGAGAGAUAGAGUUUCUUGGAAUCUGACCUGCGCGACUCCACCCGCUGUUAUUUUUUUUCUUUUUUUUUCCCACAAAACGCUUUUAGAGAGAAGAAGAAAGCAAAAACCCAGUCGGUGCUCUCUGGAGAAUCCGCCUUUGUGCUUUUCCUCUUCACCUCUCUUGCACUGAAAACACACCUCUGUUCUCCUGUUGACAGCGGAACGAGAGAGGAGGGUGAGGAGGAAAGGCGAAAACCUGCUCGGCAACAAAAUGAUUCAAAUCCUAACCUCGAUAGCUGUUCAUUUUUGCACACGGAGGCCUGCUAAGUUGUAUGAAUUUGGUUUAUUGUUAGAAACAGCACUUUUAAACUUGUUUAACCACCUGUUUAAAGGCGAGGAAACCUUUAAAAAAAAAGAGGAGUUUAAGGAUUCUUGGUCUGUUUUGACACAGCUGAAUAAUUCUUGUAAACUGUCGUGUGCUUUCAGGAAUGAGCGAGCCCGAUGGAUCAGCGCUCUGGGUCAGAACGUCAACAAGGAGAAGAGUCAGGACAGAUCCUGUGAGUCGCCUCGUACACGCUCCUUUAACUCUCUUUAGCUUACAGCACCACCUUGUGGUCAUUGUGUUGAACUGUUUUUCCUAGAAAGACCACAUAACAGUUAAAUUUCAAUCCAGAUAAGGCAUGUUUUCAUGGUCUGCAGUGAUUUAUUUCAUGUUUGUGUAUUUGUGUGUUGUUUUUUUAGAUGUCAUGCAGGUGGAGGUGAUCAGAACUUACACAGCCAAGCAGCCAGACGAGUUGUCCUUGCAGGUGGCUGACGUGGUGUUCGUCUCCCAGACUGUAGAAGACGGUACGUCAGCUCUUAAAUGUCUCUUUCACCCUUCUUUCGUCCUUUAGCUGCUUGUUAAAUAUUCCUCCUUUUUUAACCUCCUUUUGUAAACCUGUCUCUCUUGAUUCUGUCUGCUCUUGAAGAUGUGGUUUCAAAUCAGGAGGAAAAACAAAGAGGUCAAAGAUCAUCUUUCUUGUCAUGUAAAAGAAGCCUCAGAGAAACCAAAAUGACACCUAACACGUCUAACUUUCCCUGCGUUGACUGUUUCAGGCUGGUAUGAAGGUGAGCGACUGCGGGACGGAGAGAGAGGUUGGUUCCUCGCAGAGUGCGCCGAAGCCAUCACAUGCCAGGCCACCAUCGAGCGCAACAUGCAGAGGAUGGACCGCCUACAGGGGCUGGAGACCAACGUGUGAGCCGAAUGAAGGAAGGUGCUAAAACCACGGAGGGCUCUCUCCGCGGAAUCUUUUGGCACAAGAGUGACCUUUUCCUGGCCAACCAGGGCGAAUAAGUUCAGAAGCGGCGCCAACGACCCGCCAGCAGGGACUGAGAGGACUCGCUCGGGCGCUGUCCGGACUUCGACUCAGCUUUCAGAGUUUCACAGCGAACACUGUUCAGAACAAACAGUGGAAGAAUAGAGACUUCCCUAAUUACUGAUCAGCCCCCGUGUGGGUUGGCUGGCUCAACAGUGGGAUCUGUCACAUUCAUUAAUUCCUCGCUUGGUGAGAAAACUUCACACCCACUGCAGGGGUCACAGCUUUCAGAUCCACGCUGCAUUAAACUGCCAGCAUGAAAUUUGUCGAUUUUUUAAAACAUAUUUCGUUUUGAAAGUGACGUGCAAUGAUUCGACUCACGACCACAUUAUCGCAGGUAAAGUCGACCAAAUAGUGUCAAACUGACAGCAGCCUGAUGUGUGCGGUUAAUGAGCCUCGGGUCAUGUGAUCAGGAGCUUUGCCAGGAACAAUGAAACUAUGAAGAUGUUAAUGGGAGGAGGGGGGAGUGAUGAUAAGGCUGGAGCGUGGGUUUGGCAGCUGAUUCCGUGCAGCGUGUGGGUUAGUGCUGAAACUUGUAGCAGCGUUUCUAUAGCAUCUGUUCACAAACGAAUUUUUUACUCGACUAGAAAAUACAAACGGGUUGUUAAGCUGCAAAAGAGAAGAGUUGAAUGCUUGUCUGAAGCCCGUGGCACUUUGUGUAAAUAGAUUAUAUCGUGAUUGUGUAGAUGAUGUAAAGUCAACUUGGUGUAUUAUCAUCGUGUCAUUCAGAGGAGCCAAGUCUCGCGUCUCCACCUGGCUGUUUUUCACCAGUUAUAAUGUCAACACCAUGAAUCAAACUCUACGCUCCUUCGACAAACGACAUUUUUCUCUCCGUCCGCUCAAUGAUCCGGACACUUUGAAAUACGGCGCGUACUUUGAUGCCAGCCAGGGGUGUAAUCUUAAUAUCUCUCCGUAGAUUUAUACCUGUGAUGGCGCAGAGGGAAGCUAAAAUUAAUUUCUGUGUGAGCUGAUGGCCCAGCCCUGCUUUUAAUGUGAUUGUCCACCGUGAGUCAUCUUUUUUUCGCCUGGCCCGAGGAUACGAAUAGCCCGGUCUGAGCGCGGUCGUCACGCCAUCUAUCAAGCUUACGCAGCUCUGGCACCUGCCCAAACGUCACGGCCGCAACUGUUGAACUACAUGAAGAGAAGUAUGAGGGUUAGCGGGAAGGACGACAGACGAAGCUUUGCAUUUGCACUCAGGGAAAAAAGAGCUACGAGCAUGAACUGACCUUUAUUUCAAUCACUCUCUGUAACUUGUAAGUAUUGUAAAUCUGCGCACUGUAAAUAUGUAAAACAGCAUGAAUUAUAUAAUAUGAAUGUUUUCCAGAAUACAGAUUUAUAUUGCUACUUAGUCAGCCUUGUAUUUUAAUCUACCACCAUAAAUAAAAGCUUUAUCCCCUAAGGCCUGUCUUGUACUCUUUGACGCCAAUGUGACAUCUUUUUUUCUUUCCCUGAGGAGAGCCCGCCGCCGCAGACCAACAAACGCCUCCAUUUUUAUUCCUCGAUGUCUAAACUUGUAGGAUUUCAUCUCGGAUAAAGCUCUGAUGGGAGAGUGUUUGUUUGUUGUGCAGUUCCUUUAAUGACAUCGUUCAAACUAAAAACAGCUACAGAGAGAUUUUAAACACCGGUCCUUGCAAAAUACUGAGAAGGAAACGUUAAAUUACACUGGGAGUCAUUCAAGUGCAUUUUUUCCAGGGUUUUUACAUCUCGGUUUUGGCCUUAAGGAGCACCAGGGGAAAACUAAAGUUGAAACCAAGCAGCACCAUCAAUGAGAGCAGCUGGUUAUCAUAAACAUCCCAGCCAAACCCUCAGUGUCGAAGGAUGUAGUCAGUCUUUUUUCCCAGGCUCCGGAAACCCCCACUCUGCCUCUUAAUCGUCAUCGUCGUCGUCAUCGUCAUUGAAGUAAGUGUGGUGCCCCCUCGGCCCAGACGUCCACGGUCUGCCGUAACCUUUGGUGCUGCCCGACGGCUUCUCCUGCGUCGUGAUGAGGUCUAUGAUGGCUGUGAUGACAGCGCAGUCUUUGGAUUGACGGUUGUGCCAGUCCACGGGGGCGGGGCAGCGAAUCUUCUCUUCCAGCAGAGAAUCCAGCUCUCUUUUUAAACUCUAAAAAUGGCAGUAGGCAGAAGUUAAUUCUGACGUUGGAACAAUGAUCAUCUUUUAAAGCAUUUCCAGAAGUGUCCAGAAGUUAAACGAGAUGAAAUCCUGAAUUCAGAUCAAAACCAGAGCCAAAAUGUACCCCUCCAAAUUCAUCUGCAAAAGAAUCUGUCAUUUCUUUGUUCACCGCGCCUGGGAGCAGCACUCGUUCAUUUCUGAUAAACGGUUCAUAAUAAAUCACAGAGGCUUCACCUUUGCUUACUUCAGCGGUAUAAACAGAUUUUCAAAAAGUUAAAAUGCAAACGUUGUUAGAUCUGUCUUCCAGACGGAAAGAAAACAACUCAAAGUACCGAUGGAGGUCUGAUGAAUCAUUUCUGAUGCAUUCAGGCCAGUCUGGAAAUCUAAUUACAGCUUGCAUCGUGACGGUGUUGAGAAAGUUUUUACAAAAGUUCGAAUUAUCGAUCCAGGAUAGAUUGUUAGCACUUGCAUGCAGAUGUCUGUCUGUAGAGAUAAAUCAGUUGUCAGAUGGGACAUCAUCAUAGUGAAUUGCCUUCUACCUGAAUUUGCGACUCCACUCAGACUACUAAUGUGUCGUGGAUACUACCUGGACUACAAAUGUGCAAACAAAACCAAGGCCCACAUCUCACAGGUUCAACAUUUUUAACAGAAUCUGUAAGUAGUAGGGCUGUAAUCAAUCAAGGAAAUUCUUAGUCGACUAAACCCUGAAAUUUCUGACCAAAAAUCGACUAAUGGGCGGUAAGGGGGGUGAGACUUGGCGUUGAUUAAUGUGGACGCUCUUCAAUCUUCCUGUCUCCAGCUAGUCUCCAUUGGAUUGGGUGAAUCCAAAAUGGCGAAAACAAGGGGGGUGUUCUGAGACAGGCUGCUACCUGUGAAAUGGGGGUGCUCUAAAAACAACUCCAUUAGCACUUGGUAUGUUCCUCCUGAUGAAAUUAACCAUAGACUAUAAAUUGACGUGGAAAAAAUCAAGUCGAACAAUCUGAAUUUGGGUCGACUCAGUAUAUAUCGACCAUAGACUGUGUAUAGAAUAGAUGCCGUCUGCCUCCUCUUGCUGUGAAGCCACCGCGAGAACAGCACCCUCUGGUGACGGGCUGCAGUAUAGGUCUUAAAUCCUGCCUCUUCCAGCAAUCCUUAUGGAGCUGUGGACAAACUAAUUAAUUACAAAGAAUAUACAUUUUUCUCCCCCCUGCUUGCGAUGUUGACAUGUAGUUACUGUAAGACUGGUUUGUGCUAAAGUCAUUUUUUUCUGUACAGCUCCAUUUUUAAAAGUUAUUAGGCGUUUUAUAUUUUCUAUGAUUGACACUUGAUACAGCCUAUGGCCGUGUUUGAGCCGAGCGUCAUCACAGCGACUAUCAGCGACUCUCCUGCUAAAUGCAUACAACGCUACUGCGCAAUGUUGGUUUAAUGAAGCAGAGAAAAAACGCGAAAUUACCAAGAGCUUUUCGGCUUCAAAUCCGUAUACUGGCGGAAGGCAGAACCAAGUUGUCCAUAGUAUAAACAGUCUAUGGUAUCAACCAAUACGUCGACCAGUCGAUUCAGACUUUACAGCCCUAGUAAAUAGAGAUUUUACUCAUCCUGACUGAGCUGAUCUUACCUUGACAAGAUGAGCGAUACGUGCCGGCGACCUGAAGACGAUCCACUUGUCAACGGCGACCGUCUCCUGGUCCUCGUCUUUCUGGAUCGUGAUGUCUCCGCCGAAGAACAGCAGGGAGAACGGGGACACCUCGGUGCAGUCAUACAGGAAGAUCUGAGGACACGCAGGAGAAGAAGUGGCUUACACACCGUGACUCGAGUAUAACAAACAAAACACAUCUCUGCGCGUGGUGACGGGGGGGGGAGCAGCAUCAUUAUGACACACGGUGACCCAACAGCUCCUCUGCGGUGUGGGCUGAAAGUGUCCCAUUAGCAGAGAGGCCGUGUGAGGUUGAAAUGCUUUCUGUGCCCACAGUGGAAGAGAAAUGUCAUCUUGCCCUGCCUGUUGUAUCUUGCAAAUGCAUCAACUCUGCUUUGCAUGUUAGAUUCACAGCUGCUUAUGCAAAGUAGAUUGAAAAACAGCAAAGUUUAAACUGAUGACGGUGUAAGUAAAUGUCGCCACAAAUAUAAAAAAAUUUAAAAAAACAGAAAACUCCGGAUAGUGCAGACAGCUACAGGUGAGAUUUAAUGUGCUAAUCUAAAUGCAUGCACUCACAAAAACGGCUCAGCUCUCAGGUCAAAAGCCACAGAGAACGCAUUAGCAGCUGAGUGAAGCGUUGAAAAAGAGCGCCAGGAAGAAGAGGAAGGUGAAGGUGGGCACACAACAGAAGGGAAAAUGAAUCAAGGAGGGACGUCUGAGAGAUGUCUGCGUGGAUAUCUGCAUGAAUGUGAAAUAUAACAGACCAUCAGGGGCGAGUGCAUCAGAGGAAAUGAACUUUAAUGUCGUGAUUCGCCGACCUCGGUAAACAAACGUCCCUGACAAUCUCCCAAUCUCUGAUUACUUUGCUUUUAAUAAUUCACACAAAUUCAAAGCCUCGUCUGCGAAAAACUACUUCCACCGCUUUGAGAGUUUGAAAAAGAGAAGACAUAAUGAUGAUGAAAUCCAGCAAAGGAUAGGCGGCAGAGGAAACUAGCGUUAUGGGAGACAAUGAGGGUGGACAUGAAAGCUGCUUUUUCCUGUCGAACAUUCACAGACAGAGACGAAACGGAGAGAAUAAAGACGGACAGAUGGGAGGGGAGGAGUAAAAACAGAGAGGUAGAAAGAGGGAGCAGAGGGAAGGGCGGCAGUCAGGGAGCCACAUUGACCGUUUUACCCCCCCUGCGACCAUCUCCUACAUUGUGUUUGGAGGCUUUGAAGCACAAGAGCCUUUGAAUGAGAGUUGAAAGGCAGCCUUUUAAUCAAAUAUUCAUUCAGUGUAAAGCUGCUAUGGCACCACUCUCAACCUUUAACCACCGGUCCUUCUUUCCCUCUAACACAGUCAAUCAAAAGGAUAUGAAAACCAGCACUCGGCUGUAAAAACACAUUUGUUUGUGUUAAAAUCCCCUCGCCUACUCACGCUGCUGGUCCUCAUCUUCAGGUGGUAGAUGAGCCACGUAUAGUUGAACUCCGUCUCCUCUGCGUUGACGGAUUUCGGGUGGAUACACACCUUUCCGUCAGCCUGGGUGUACACCUUAACCCUGAGGGAGAUACCAUGUGAAAGUGAGUAUGGGUAUAACCACGUACUCAAGGCAGCAUCUUUUUUUGUGGUGUAUAAACAAAAAAGCUUUUAAUAUCAGUCGCUAUGAGUUAUUGAUGACAUUUGGUAAUAUAACGAUAUAGCUGUGUUCUCUUAUGUCUGUGUUAGUCAACAUUUUAAAUUUUUUGACGGCUCGCUCUUUCUGACUGUAAACAAAGCCAUUCUCCGUCUCCCCCAUCCUGAUUGGUUAGGCGGACGCCGCUCCCCCGUGUCGUUCACAACCCGAACAAAGUUAGCGUGCUACAAUAUCAGACAGUAGAAACCAACCAGAAAGUACGGAAAAUUGUCUGAAUCCUCCUUUAGCCAUAACCACAAACACAUGCAAGAAAAUGAGGUAAAUAUUGGAGACUCUGGCGGAAUAACGGGCGCUUAAAAAGGAGGUAGACCGGACAAGAGCUAUGAGGCCAGGUCAACAAUGAUGGGGGACGCUUCAGGAUCUUACAGACCCUGUAACCUUUCUGCUGGACAGGUAAACCUCUUGAACAAAGUCUGUAACAGAAGUGUUUCUUGUCAAAUGAGACCUGCUGCGUGUCGUAGCGCCGCUGAACUGUUUAGCUCAGGUCCUGUCGUCUGUUUGUGGGCGGGGCUUGCUGGAGCUUGGAGGAAAACUGGUUGGGAGGGGUAGAGUUUACAUCCAAGACUUCUCCCAAAAACUGGCACUUCCUCAGACCCUGCCUACCUCACUUUUAAGCCUUUUUUUCAAACGGGCAGGUCCAGCAGCACGCCAUCAAUCCCUUUAUCUUACACCUUACCCACGGCGGCAGUUUCAGGUGCCUAUGACAGCUGCUUUGGGAGAAUCUCAUGUGAACGCAUUGAUCUGCAGCAGUUUUGACAAUGCUCUCCUCGCUGCGAGUAAUUGUCGCAGCCCCCUCGCCGACCUCUUCACUGAAGAUCUGAUAAUCUAUUCGAGUGUGAAGGCCGUUUUCCCCAUCUUCAGAUCAAUGGGCGUGAUUGUGCGGUUCAUUCCCUAUAUUGUCCUCCCCGUCUUUGUUCAUCGUCAUCCUCUUUGAGUUUGCGGACUCACCCUGGCCUCUUCUUGCUGUGUGACGGUCUGAUCAUGGCCACUUUCGGGUACAGACCAGCGACGAUCACCGCCUUGAUUAACUUCUCAUUGUCUGACAAAAUAAGAGGACGGAGAAAAAAAAGAGACAAAGGGUUAUUUUAUUACUGGUCUGCAGUGAAAUCCUUAUUACAGUCAGAGCGUCCUCACUGUUACCUGAAUUGACGUUGGAAUUGGGGUCUUUGGGGUCCCUGCUGCCGACAAAUCCUGCAUUCAUCAGAUGCUCGGCAAACUGACCCUUCAUGUUGUGCAGCAUCUGAAUGAUAAAAGGAACUUUGGUUAUUAUCGACAUACCCGUGAGUGCGGAGCUCAGAAAAGCCUUUACGACAGGUCUGGCUCACCUGGAGCGUGUUGGCAGACAAGAAGUUGUCCCAGCAGUACUCCCGCUCGCACCUGCCGCCGUGCUGCUUCGCUUCCUCCCAGCCCUGACCGAUAAAGAGAUUAUAAAUCCUCUCAGGUUCAAUUUAUACAGCAGAAAGAGAUCAAGUGGAGGUCCUGAAUGUAGGGCUCUUGUACCUGGAAGGCGUUGACUAUAGUGAGGUGGUCGCUCUUGGAGUUCCUGGACAGGUGCCUCCUCCUCAUGUCUGCCAUCUUCUCUUUACCCUGAGACAGACAGGUGGCCUCAAACAUCAUUUCAAGUCCGACUUUGUUGAGAAAAUAAAAACAUGAGUCAGACGGCGGAGAGCAGCUACAUGUUGAAUUGAGCCUGAGUGUCAUUACCCGCAUGCUCCACGCUUUUAUGUUCGGUGAACUCGCUGACCUACCAGGGGUAUGAAGAAAGGGUCUUUGAAGCUGAGUGAAGCGGCGAUGGUGAGCACAGGGUCGAGGCAGCCCAGCAGAGCCCCAAACAGGAUUAGCUUGCCGAUGUGAGGCUCUACAGGUAGACGAGCCAAGUGGAAACCCAGCGCGGUCAGAUUCUCUUCGCCGUCCAGAGCGUUCUAUAAAAACACCGGACAAGAGGUUGUUUUUUAAGAUAUCGACAAAAUACUCCAAAAAUGAAGACGCAUUGUUUUGUUACAGAGUCAAACUCCAGAGACAAACAAAAAAAUAAACUUAUUUGGAGCUGAAGCUUUUUUUAAAAGGCAACAUUUUAGAGAAAGAUCAUUUCUUUGAUUUAUAUAACAGUGUUGGUUUAGGUGAGUCAGAUUUGGAUGCAGUUUUCUCAUUCUGAUUAUGCGCCAGCCCUCUAAGCCUGAAAUACCGGACAUGUUCAAUCUUGUUAUAAAUACUAAAUUCUCUGGAGGUCCUCACUUUUUGUGUCAUUUGUCCUUCACAAACAAAAAAAAAAGAACUAUAAGAAAGCAUUCCUGGGAAUGGAGGCAGAGAAAAUGCUUUCAGACGGGAGACCUUGAGACGACGUGCUAAAAGAGAAAGUUUCUGCUCCUAACAUGAAACUGUCUCCGGUACUUCCAGAACUACAGCUUGUGGAGUUAAAACAGAUCAGCAGAGCUAACAAGAGCACAAUCAGGAUGGAGAUAGAGGAUGUUCCUUAUUCAGUUUGACAGUUAAUCAGGGAUUUCAAACAUUUACAAGUUUCAGUGAGUGCGUCUAAAUAGUUCAAACUAUGAUUGAGGUUUUGAAGUGCCGAGUUUUUGCAUUUGUGCUUGUAGACCAAUCCUGAAUUCAGAAACCAGGAAUGUUCCUUAUUCUGGUUUUGAGAGACCUGGUCCUGCUACCUGGAGAACUUCUGAAGAAAACAGGAAACUAUGACCUAAACCAGAGGUGGGCAAACUAAUGCCUGGGGGCCACAUGUGGCCUGAUUAACAAUUUCAUCCGGCCCGGCCUGCAGAGCGUCACAAAAAAAGGAACAUUACUCCAUGAGCCAAAUAUUGUAUCAUCAACUGUCUCUGGUGGGGCAAAUUUACAUUUUCCCUGUCAUCAAGCGUGAUUGUAAGUUAACCCCCAAUCCAGAGGUUUGUUUCGAGCACCACCUGGCCGGACCGUCCACUGAUAUCUAAAACCCAAUGUGGCCCUUCAGACGAAAUAAUUACCAACCCCUCGCCUAAACUGAGUUUAGUCUUCCCUUCGUGAAAGUAUAAUCAGGGUUCCUACACAAGAAAAGUAUGGAAAUAGAUCUGAUCAAUUUCCAGGCCUUAAAAAGUAUGGAAAAUGAAAAAUAAAGUAUGGAGAAAUAUUUCUGCUUCUAAACUAUUACCGUAGUUCUAAAAUACUGUUUUCUAAAAUGGAAAAGUAGGUAUUUCUAAAAAUAAUUCUAAAAAGUAGGGUAUGGAAAAAUAUGGAAAUUUCAACUGUUUACUGAUCAGGGGAUGCACCAAACCUGCAAAAUAAUGUCAGCAUUUUUCCCUAUUUUGAGAAACAGAAGCGCUCCUUCCUCCAGUCUUUGGGAUUCCGGGUUUACUUUCUUCUUAAUAACAUGAAGAAAAGAAAAACUAAUAUUACGGGCUUUGGAGCUUUAUAGGUCUGUGUCCUUUAAAGCCGUUUUUGCUCUGGUAGCAUCCAGGACCUCAUUUUCUGAGCGCUUCUUACUGGCACUUUCUGUUGCUAGGUUACCAAAGUUCUCUAACAGCACUUCAUCUUCCUUAAGCAGUCACUGCUGGGUGCGUGUUGAAAAUGCUCUGUUUGCUUUCAUUCAGCAGCAUUUUGAAAUAAAACAAAAAGCAUUAGAAGUAGCUGUGCUGGAAACUAAGUAUAGUUCAUUUAACCUCUAUAUUGAAGACAAAGUUCAGAUCUGAAGUCUGGUCCCUUCUUGAUUUUGAUUGAUCUGUGACGACAUGACAUGGGUCACUCACGCAGUGGUUCAAAAGUUGAACUAUACUCAGCUGGGAGUGCAGCGACACAGGCAGCUGACACUGAGGGCGGAAAUGCUGAUUCACUGGUUUUAUAAAGAAAGUGGAUGCUGCCAGCAAGAAAACAGGCAGAGGCCUCUGAUGAACAACAUAAGCUUUCUGUAGAGUGUGACUCUGAUUGGAGAAAAUGUAAAGCUGCCUUAAGGAGUUUUAAAUGUGCACAGAGACAGUCUUGUUUUUAGAAACACAUCCUGCUGUCUUAUGAACAGUGACAUGCAUCACUCGCUGAGGGUAUUUCCUUGAAAAAAGUAAUAAAAGUCUGUCUCAGUCUGCUGUAAACCCUCUGGUCUGACACCAACCCCCAGUUUCAGGAGCUGGAAAUUACAACAGCAGGAUUGUGGAUGGUCUCAGAAUCAGAUUCAGUUUGUUCCAUAAAAAGUUUAAAAGGUCGUCCAAUAAAAAUCUUUGAUUUUUGUGUUGUUAAUCCUUUUGACUUCAGCAGGUCAUGAAGAAUCCUUAAGGUCCUUAAACACUGGGAGCGAAUUUGCGAGGCGAAUAAUACGCUUUUUUAAAAACCUAUUGAAGUCAAUGCGACCUUAAACACUGGCAGCAAAAAUUUGUGACUGUUAUUUAUUCGCUCUCGUGUCAAAUUUUGUGGAGGCGAAAAGGCAAACGACCAGACCUCUGACCAAUCAAAAUGAUGUUAUGUCGAUGAGGUCACAUCAAAACUUUACUGGCAGCAUCAGCCCUAGUCUGCAUUCAUUCACCAUGACUGAGCGCUUUAUCAUUAGUGUGCAGGAGCGCCCUGCUUUAUGGGACAAGUCCCUUAAAAUAUUUCACGACACUCUCCUCAAAGAAAAUAUGUGGCAGGAAAUAGAGGAAGACCUAAACUUACCUGGUGAGUAUAUUCAUGUUACAUCAAUCCUCAAACAUAGAUGUCUAAUUUAGCUAGCAUAAUAUGACGCUAAGCUAGCUAACUAACCAGCUUGGGGCAACUUUUUCAAAGUUCGGUAAAUAUUAGUGUAUGGUUUUAUAGAUAUAUAUUAUAGAAGAGCCUAACUUUAUUCGCUUAGCAGAUUUUUAUUUGCAUAAUCGCAUUGCCUCGGUGUGUACAGAAAAAAAUUGCGGGCAAAACAUUCGCCUUUUCGCAUGUCUUCGCCUAUUGCCCGGUGUGUAAGAACUUUUACUUCUAAUUUCUAUAUUUUUCCCAAUCAGUAAUGAGCUCUGGCCAUACACUUGUUAACUGGGUAACCCUUUCUUUUACAGUACACUUAUUACCAGGUAAUUAACAAGUAAUUACCUAGUAACAACAUGAAAUUAUCUGGUAAUUACAUGAUAACUACUAAGUCAAUACUGUCUAGCUACCAGGUAGGUAACCUUCCAUCAUCAUACAAAUUUGAAGCCGAAUUGCUCUGGUAUUUCCAGGACUUUCUCCGCCUCCUGGAACCACCACUUGCGCAGUAGCAUUGUACACAUUCGGCGGGUGAGUCGCUGUGAUAAUGCUCGGCUCAAACAGCGUAUCGUUACGCAAUCUUCGCACGCCCAUAGGCUGUAUCAAGUGUCAAUCAUAGAAAAUAAGAACCCCAAAUAGCUUUUGAAAAUGGAGCUGCACAGAAAAAAGAAAAACUAGACAGUAUUGACUUAGUAGUUAUCAUGUAAUUACCAGAUAAUUUCAUGUUGUUACUCAGUAAUUACCUGUUAAUUACCUGGUAAUAAGUGUACCGUAAAAGAAAGGGUUACUGUUAAUUGUACCCCCCUUUAAACUGUCCAGAGAUCUUUACUCUUCCUUACCAGGUCCAUGAGGUUCUUGAUGGCGAGGUUGACGGCCUUCUCAGUCGGCGGGUCCAGGGCUUUCGCUAGGAAUCGAGCUAUGGAUCCAAGCUUCAGUAUCUAGGCAGCACAUAUCACAUUACAUUACAUUACAUCAUCAUAACACAUGGAUCGGCAUCAGUGUGUGACUUUUUUUUUUUUUUUUUAACACUUCCUUCUCUUGCAAACACAGUCUUUACGUAGACGGAGUCACAGUUGAAGCUUUCUGUGUAUGUUUCGAGUGAACCGUUUGGGACUGAGCGCUGAAUUAAUGCGAUGAUAAAAGCUGAUGCUAUGGGCACGCAGGGUCUCUAAAUAUGUAUUCAUGUUCACAUCAAACAGAGAUUUCCAAAAAAAAAAAAAAGGAUAGUCACCUGUGACACGCUGAAGAGUCUGACUAAAAGCAUUGCGCUCAAGUGUUAGUGCAUUAGAGUGUCUGCCCAGGGUUAGCAUGUUGUCAGUGUUUCUCACACUGUGCGGACAGGCUGAUGCAUUAGCCUGCCUCUCACCCACUCACUCCAAACACACACACACUCGAACAAGUGGAAGACACUCUGAAAUGCAUGUCCGAUAAAGCCGGCGCUGAAAACAACUAUUGCAAACACUACAUCUGAGUGAACUCUGGCCCAGUGUUCCAUUAGCAUGGGUUGAAAUAUGUCUAAGUGGAGUAUGAGGAUUUUUUCAAGGAGGAGGUAGAAAGAGGAGAGGAGGAAAAAACAACUGUACGCAAACUGAAGGAGAAGAAGAAGAAGAAAGGGGAGUGGAAGAGAACGAGGCUCAGGAGUGGAGUGAUUAUGUUGUUGGUUAGGAGAGAGGGAAGGAGCCGGGGAGCGAGGGGCAUGAGUCAGCUCCGAAACAGCCUUCCUCGCUCUCAUUAGGCAGGAGAGGCUGAAAAUUCGACGUGAGACCAAAUAAAACAGAAAAAAACAAAAAAGCCGCUCUGUUCCCCGUCCCCUCUACUGCACUCACGAACUUCAUUCACAGCGACUGUGUCCUCAUUUCAACUCUCGAGCCAACACCUCGCUCUAUUUUUCACACUCCAGACCCGCCUGCCUGCCUCUUCCUCUGUGCAUACACUACCUUGAUCUGCAGACAGAGCUCCUCCAGCGGCGUCCUCAUAAUUUCAGGUAAUUGAUAGGCAUCCAGCAGGCUGGCUCGUAGACUGUUGUACAAAUGAUAGCACUUCCCUGGACACACUCUGGAGGAGAAAAGACGCCUACUUUAGUCUGGUGACAAGAGCUUAAUUUUUAAAUCAGUGGGAUGAAACUGCACUCAGCUAGCAGCUCAGGUUAAUUGGGCUUCCACUUUGAUGUCAGAGCGAGCUAACAGCAGAGACGUCUCGAGUCUCAGACUGGAAACAACCAGGGAGUGAUUCUACUUUGCCUCUCAGACAAAGAGGCAGAGAGAAGUACUUUUAAAUGGCUAACUUUUAUUAUAAAAUACACCAACACACCUGCCGGCGCGUCCUUUCCUCUGUUUGGCAUUCGCGAGGCUGACCCACUCGGCCGUCAUGGUGCUGAUGUUGUUGUUCGUGUCAAAGUUGGUCUCCUUAAUCUUGCCGCCGUCGAUCACAAAGACAACGUCAUCUAUGGUGAUGCUGUGCGAGAGAGAGAGGAGGGAGACGGAGGACCAGAAUUAGAAUAGGAGGCAAAAGCAGACAGAAAAAUAAAUCUUCAAAGCGGUCUGUCAGGGAUGCUGAGUAAAGCCUUUCACUCACACACACUCAUUCAGAAGUAAAAAUAAUAUUUAGCCCUUUGGUGAGUUCGGAGGCUAUAUUUAGUGGAGUGAUGUGACAGGAAAGAAGGCAGCUUCUUAAUUUGCACAGUGUGUGUGUGUCUGUAUGUGUGUGUGCGAGCGGAAGUCUGUGAAUGCAUUUACAAAUUGCCUGUCAGAGACUCAGUUGGUUCCAUCAAAGCCAUUAUGACAGUAUUCAUAUCAAUCCGAGAAAUGUAUGCUAAUUAGCACCCAACCAACCGCUUGUAAUGAUAUCCCAAACUCACUGCUUUACAAUUAAGUACACAAACACACCCACACACACACACAGACACACAUAAAGCUUGAAGAGUCAUCAUUUCUCUUUCCCCGGAAACUCACAAGAAAGUAAAAAACCGAGAAUAAAGUUUCAAAGGGUGUUUUUACCACGUCUGGAAACCCAAACCAACACACGCGCUCACACACACAUACCUGGUCUCAGCUAUAUUGGUAGCAAUCACAAUCUUUCUAACUCCUGGAGGAGGCCUUUUGAACACCUGAGAUGGGUGAGAAAGAGAGGUGAGAUUGGACGUUUUCUGAUAUUGAAAAGGGAAGAAAGCUGACAGUCGUCAGAGACAAAGAGAGAGAAGGAGAACGCUGACCUGAGUCUGAUUUACGGUCGGCAUUAAGGAGUGAAGGGGGAUGAUGACGAACCGAUCUGAAACACAAAAGGACAUCAAAAAAAUGUCAAACAAAGCCAACAUAUGAUAGUGUUUCUAGUUUGUAAAGCUGCUUGACAACUUCCUAAAAAACAGAAGGAUUCAUCGCCUUAUUAAAUGAACUUUGGAGGAGUAAAAAUCAGUGCUAUCCAGUGUUAAAAUACACUUGAGUCCCCUGCAGUCUUUCUUUAUGAGGUACAAAAAUGCUCUUCUUGGAUUAAUAAUCAUUUUUAAUGUUUUUUCAAGCAAGAAAGUUCAAUUACUGUGUCAAAAAAUCUCAUUUACACCCUCCUCUUUAAUCAAAAAAAUCUGUGACGGUGCAAAUAUGCUGAAUUUAUAAGAUUAAACCAACGAACGGAAACAUAUCGACAUCACUGCGGGGGUCAUUCUCAGGAUCCCACUGGAGGUUUUGUAAUUAUCACCAUCACACUUUGAGGUCUGCGGCUUUUUUAAGUUUUCAUCAUCAGCUGACCUCAUCCAGAAUACCUGAUUAUUACAUUUAAGAAUCUAAAUAGUCUGGAGGAAAUAGUGAAGUUGGCCUUUGGAAUAUUUUAAAUCCUAUUUAAAAUCGACGCAAAAUAACCAACCUUUAUCUUUGAAUCGGUCUUGCUACUGCGGAUUAGUAACUGUUGUCAAGGUGUUUUGACCAAUCAGAUUCAAGUAUUAACCAGGUAAGAAAACAGGCUGAUGAUUGGUUCAUAAAUCUGUAAGUCUCUGCUAUGCUUGAAUGCUCUCUGUGUGUCUUAGUUUGUACCUGAUCGGAACAUCUGCUGAGCCAUGAGCAGGUCAUUCAGACUGCUGAUGUUGUCCCAGCCAGGCAGGAAGACCAGGAUUGCUCCGUCCUGUAAGACAGACGCAUGACACAACAAUGAGCCAGAUCUCAGACAGAAAGAAAGCUGAACAAACAGAGAAACAAUUAUCAGCCAAAUGGCAAAAGCGUCUUGGCUACAACCGAGCCAAGUGGGCAGGAUGCUUCUGCCCUCAGAGGAGCUGAUGUGAGGCAGAUGGAGACAACUUGCCCUCAGCUUCCAACCUCCACAAUCAGUCACACAAUGAGGCCUGAUUCUGCCCGCCAACAUCAUUAAAACAACAACAGCGUACCACUGCGAGACUGCCGCUAAUGCCCAUCAGCACAGUGAUGAACCCAAUUCUUUCAAAGCUGCGAAAAAUGUGCACAUUUGUCUCCUGGAAAAUAGAGACACAAAUGCAAACGGGGAAAACAUCAGGAGGAUAAUGGCGGAGGAUGGAUUAAAAAGGGAGUUACUCCAGUAUUCCAGUCAGGUUGUCUGCUAACAGCAGCAAAUGACUGACCAUCAAACUUUCAGCAGUUUUUUUUUCUGCCAAAUAAAGAAAAAAAAUCAGAAUUUUUUAACAAGAAAAAAUAUUAUUGCAGCAAAAAGAAGAGGAAAUACAAGUCAACCUAGAAAUACAGACUAUCUACGUGACACCACAGGUAGAGAACAUAAAACUACAGAUUUCCUAAAAACAGGGACGACAUAACAGCCUCAAAGUGAAGCCAAACC